AUGGAAGAUCUGAUCCAGAAUCAGUUCUCCUGGGCAGCGGGCUGCCAGAGGGUGUGUUUACUAUGUGAGUCCCUGAUCCCAGUGAUGCCCUAUAGAUGACAGUGAGCUAACAGGAUGGACCCAGGGACUGAUGGACUUCAUGAAGCAUGGUGACAUUGUGCAGACGCCAGUGUCGGAGUGCUGCCACAUAAUGGGGGGGGGGGUGGGGGUGAACACACACACACCGCCCUCACAGGUGUACAAACACAGACACGCAUGUUGAUGCUUUUUUGCCCAGGGACUACAGAUGAAAAUGAGCUAUCUAGCUAAAUCUGGUACAAUGGCAUGUUGUACAUGGUCCCUGACAAAUAAACAAAUUUAAAAAAUAAAAAACAGGCCCACACAGGCGCAUGCACGAGCACACACACUCAUCCCAUCCUACCAUCUCUCUCUCAGCUGUCACUGUCUCAGCCCACACACAGGAUAAAUGUCCGGCAUCAGCCUCUCUUCUUCGCUUUGAUUUAUCGUCCAUUACUCUUCCCUUUGUCUCUCUAUCUUUCUAACUUCUAUCUCAUUCCCUCAUUAUCUCUGUAGUUUAACUUUGUCUCUCCCAAUGUCUCACUGUCUCCCCCAGCCUCUCUGGGGACUGUAGAUGGAUAAUCGGAAAGAUAAGUGAAAGUGAAAAGAUAAACUGUUGUGUCAGCUUCGCAAACGCAGUGUAGCAGAACACUUUCUUUCCCUGCUAUUGAAUUUAAAUGAGGCACUGAUACAUAUUUGAGCAAUUGCACAAUCGUCAUAUGCUGUAUGCUGCUGCUACUCUGUUUAUGAUGUAUAUCCUGAUGCCUAGUCAUCUUAACCCUGUACAUAUCUAACCCUACCACUACAGUAUCCCUGCACAUUGUAAAUAUGGUAUUGGUACUGACCCUGGAACUGAUCUUGUAUAUAGCUUACUUUGUUGUGCUUUUCUUUUCUUUUUUAAAAUACAUGUUAUAGUACUACUGAUAUUGAUUACUGCAGUGCACGUGACAAUAAAAACUUGAAUGUUAAUUAACAUGGAAUAAGAGAAGUGUGUAACAGUACAGCAGAUCUAGCUGGAUUAGAGUCCAGUAAUCCACUGGAGCAUAUCGUACCAGUACAUAACUGUGAGUACACUCUUAGAAAAAAAGGUGCUACCUAGAACCUUAAAGGGUUCUUCGACUGUCCACAUAGGAUAACCCUUUGAAGAACCCUUUUUGGUUGCAGGUAGAACACUUUUGGUUCUACAGUGGGGGAAAAAAGUAUUUAGUCAGCCACCAAUUGUGCAAGUUCUCCCACUUAAAAAGAUGAGAGGCCUGUAAUUUUCAUCAUAGGUACACGUCAACUAUGACAGACAAAAUGAGGAAAAAAAAUCCAGAAAAUCACAUUGUAGGAUUUUUAAUGAAUUUAUUUGCAAAUUAUGGUGGAAAAUAAGUAUAGUUUCUCAAUACUUUGUUAUAUACCCUUUGUUGGCAAUGACACAGGUCAAACGUUUUCUGUAAGUCUUCACAAGGUUUUCACACACUGUUGCUGGUAUUUUGGCCCAUUCCUCCAUGCAGAUCUCCUCUAGAGCAGUGAUGUUUUGGGGCUGUCGCUGGGCAACACGGACUUUCAACUCCCUCCAAAGAUUUUCUAUGGGGUUGAGAUCUGGAGACUGGCUAGGCCACUCCAGGACCUUGAAAUGCUUCUUACGAAGCCACUCCUUCGUUGCCCGGGCGGUGUGUUUGGGAUCAUUGUCAUGCUGAAAGACCCAGCCACGUUUCAUCUUCAAUGCCCUUGCUGAUGGAAGGAGGUUUUCACUCAAAAUCUCACGAUACAUGGCCCCAUUCAUUCUUUCCUUUACACGGAUCAGUUGUCCUGGUCCCUUUGCAGAAAAACGCCCCAAAGCAUGAUGUUUCCACCCCCAUGCUUCACAGUAGGUAUGGUGUUUUUUGGAUGCAACUCAGCAUUCUUUGUCCUCCAAACACGACGAGUUGAGUUUUUACCAAAAAGUUCUAUUUUGGUUUCAUCUGACCAUAUGACAUUCUCCCAAUCCUCUUCUGGAUCAUCCAAAUGCACUCUAGCAAACUUCAGACGGGCCUGGACAUGUACUGGCUUAAGCAGGGGGACACGUCUGGCACUGCAGGAUUUGAGUCCCUGGCGGCGUAGUGUGUUACUGAUGGUAGGCUUUGUUACUUUGGUCCCAGCUCUCUGCAGGUCAUUCACUAGGUCCCCCCGUGUGGUUCUGGGAUUUUUGCUCACCGUUCUUGUGAUCAUUUUGACCCCACGGGGUGAGAUCUUGCGUGGAGCCCCAGUUUGAGAGAGAUUAUCAGUGGACUUGUAUGUCUUCCAUUUCCUAAUAAUUGCUCCCACAGUUGAUUUCUUCAAACCAAGCUGCUUACCUAUUGCAGAUUCAGUCUUCCCAGCCUGGUGCAGGUCUACAAUUUUGUUUCUGGUGUCCUUUGACAGCUCUUUGGUCUUGGCCAUAGUGGAGUUUGGAGUGUGACUGUUUGAGGUUGUGGACAGGUGUCUUUUAUACUGAUAACAAGUUCAAACAGGUGCCAUUAAUACAGGUAAUGAGUGGAGGACAGAGGAGCCUCUUAAAGAAGAAGUUACAGGUCUGUGAGAGCCAGAAAUCUUGCUUGUUUGUAGGUGACCAAAUACUUAUUUUCCACCAUAAUUUGCAAAUAAAUUCAUUAAAAAUCCUACAAUGUGAUUUUCUGGAUUUUGUUUCCUCAAUUUGUCUGUCAUAGUUGACGUGUACCUAUGAUGAAAAUUACAGGCCUCUCUCAUCUUUUUAAGUGGGAGAACUUGCACAAUUGGUGGCUGACUAAAUACUUUUUUCCCCCUCUGUAGGUAGAACCCUUUUUAGGUUCCAUGUAGAACCCUUUCUACAGAGGGUUUUACAUAGAACCCCAAAAGAUUCUACCUGGAACCCAAAAGGGUUCUACCUGGAUAUCGAUGUCAUGCAGAUGUUGUACGUUGACCAACUGCAAACAUUAAGAAGCGUAAUACUAAUACACAUGCACCUUUUUCUUUGUCUCUCUUUCCCACUCUGAAUGUGUGUGUGUGUGUGUGUGUGUGUGUGUGUGUGUGUGUGUGUGUGUGUGUGUGUGUGUGUGUGUGUGUGUGUGUGUGUGUGUGUGUGUGUGUGUGUGUGCAGGCCAACGAUGCCUCGGGGAACACCUGGAACUGGCUCUACUUCAUCCCCCUCAUCAUCAUCGGAUCCUUCUUCAUGCUUAACUUGGUCCUGGGUGUCUUAUCAGGGUAAGUCUGACCCAACACACACAGACACACGGUCUAGGGAAGCAUGGAUCAGACUUAGCAUACAAACCACCCAUUUUAUUAGCUAGGACAGGAUGACAACUAGAGCCACGGUCCCCUAUACUGACCCACUCUAUUGACAGGGGAGGUAGUAGGAGACGUGUGUGUUUGUGUGUGCACAAAUAUGUGUGUGCAUACGUGUGUAUGUGUUUGUGCUUGUGCUCAUACAGUGGGGAAAAAAAGUAUUUAGUCAGCCACCAAUUGUGCAAGUUCUCCCACUUAAAAAGAUGAGAGAUGCCUGUAAUUUUCGUCAUAGGUACACGUCAACUAUGACAGACAAAAUGAGAAAAAAAAAUCCAGAAAAUCACAUUGUAGGAUUUUUUAUGAAUUUAUUUGCAAAUUAUGGUGGGAAAUAAGUAUUUGGUCAAUAACAAAAGUUUCUCAAUACUUUGUUAUAUACCCUUUGUUGGCAAUGACAAAGGUCAAACGUUUUCUGUAAGUCUUCACAAGGUUUUCACACACUGUUGCUGGUAUUUUGGCCCAUUCCUCCAUGCAGAUCUCCUCUAGAGCAGUGAUGUUUUGGGGCUGUCGCUGGGCAACACGGACUUUCAACUCCCUCCAAAGAUUUUCUAUGGGGUUGAGAUCUGGAGACUGGCUAGGCCACUCCAGGACCUUGAAAUGCUUCUUACGAAGCCACUCCUUCGUUGCCCGGGCGGUGUGUUUGGGAUCAUUGUCAUGCUGAAAGACCCAGCCACGUUUCAUCUUCAAUGCCCUUGCUGAUGGAAGGAGGUUUUCACUCAAAAUCUCACGAUACAUGGCCCCAUUCAUUCUUUCCUUUACACGGAUCAGUCGUCCUGGUCCCUUUGCAGAAGAACAGCCCCAAAGCAUGAUGUUUCCACCCCCAUGCUUCACAGUAGGUAUGGUGUUCUUUGGAUGCAACUCAGCAUUCUUUGUCCUCCAAACACGAUGAGUUGAGUUUUUACCAAAAAGUUCUAUUUUGGUUUCAUCUGACCAUAUGACAUUCUCCCAAUCCUCUUCUGUAUCAUCCAAAUGCACUCUAGCAAACUUCAGACGGGCCUGGACAUGUACUGGCUUAAGCAGGGUGACACGUCUGGCACUGCAGGAUUUGAGUCCCUGGCGGUGUAGUGUGUUACUGAUGGUAGGCUUUGUUACUUUGGUCCCAGCUCUCUGCAGGUCAUUCACUAGGUCCCCCCGUGUGGUUCUGGGAUUUUUGCUCACCGUUCUUGUGAUCAUUUUGACCCCAUGGGGUGAGAUCUUUCGUGGAGCCCCAGAUCGAGGGAGAUUAUCAGUGGUCUUGUAUGUCUUCCAUUUCCUAAUAAUUGCUCCCGCAGUUGAUUUCUUCAAACCAAGCUGCUUACCUAUUGCAGAUUCAGUCUUCCCAGCCUGGUGCAGGUCUACAAUUUUGUUUCUGGUGUCCUUUGACAGCUCUUUGGUCUUGGCCAUAGUGGAGUUUGGAGUGUGACUGUUUGAGGUUGUGGACAGGUGUCUUUUAUACUGAUAACAAGUUCAAACAGGUGCCAUUAAUACAGGUAACGAGUGGAGGACAGAGGAGCCUCUUAAAGAAGAAGUUACAGGUCUGUGAGAGCCAGAAAUCUUGCUUGUUUGUAGGUGACCAAAUACUUAUUUUCCACCGUAAUUUGCAAAUAAAUUCAUUAAAAAUCCUACAAUGUGAUUUUCUGGAAAAAAAAUUCUCAAUUUGUCUGUCAUAGUUGACGUGUACCUAUGAUGAAAAUUACAGGCCUCUCUCAUCUUUUUAAGUGGGAGAACUUGCACAAUUGGUGGCUGACUAAAUACUUUUUUCCCCCACUGUAUAUGUACUGUAUUUGUGUUUGUAUGUGCGCGUGUUUGAUCCUGUGUCUCCAGUGGAGGGGCUGAGCGGAGCCCCCUCAGGCUGAAAGCCUAGCUGGCCUGACGGGGAGACCUUCCCCAUAAAGAGAUGUGCAUUUACAGAGACAGCAUUACCAUAAUGAAAUUAGCCAGUGCCGCUGGAAUAGCUGUGUAAAUAUGGAGAGAGUUGAGGCUCCAGAUUUAUCAUAAUGAAAAGCUUAUCGGAAUUCACUUACAUCCCCUCCCCAGCAAUGUUAAUUCUGAGUCAUCAUUCACUCUCUCUCUUUCCCUCUCUCACUCGAUCUUCUUCCUUUUUUCUCUCUCGCCCACUCUUUUAAUAUGGUUUGCAUUAUUCACCCACGCACACACACACGCGUGCAUGCUCACACACACACACACACACACACACGCACACACACAGGCACACACACAGGCACACAAUGUCUCCCAUUAGCCCUACGAGGAGACAUCCUGUUAAGAGCACCGUAGUGUGGCUACAUGUUCCUGGUCAGGUGCUAUAUUUAUGUUUUCUGGAAAGCCUAAUCUCCUACUCAGUGCAUGGCUAGUUCUCCUCUGUCUGUGUGUGUUUUGUGUGUGUAUUAUGUGUGCGUAUGUGCGUGCAUCCUCCAUCUCUUCUGUCCUUCCUGAACCCAAUGACUCUCUGCCUUAAGGCUUCCGCAUGCUUCCCAUCCACAACAAUUCGGAACAGUUUGUGCAUAUAUUAUGACAACAUUUUGUGACGUUUUGGUUCGUUUUGGUCUUCGGCAAGGGUUUUUUCGGCUGUUUGUGAAAACCCUAAAAUUCUCGAGGCAAGCCGAAGUUCAGAGCCGAAGUCUACGCCCCUUCGUCGGUCAUUGGUCAACAGUAGGGAUUCUUCAAUUAAGUGUUUGUUGUCAUUCAACGAUAGACUAAUUGUUUUCAUGGUACUUUUUUCACUUGAGAAAUACUGCACCAAACAUCUUAGUUAGAUGUAAAAUUGUGCAACUAAGAUCUAAUUUCUUGAGUUAUCUUACAUUAAUUCAGACUAUUCUGGGUUACUGCGUCUCAAGAUGGACAAACAGUACUAUUGCUGCUUUUUCUCGUUUUUCAAGCAAAGGUGUUUUAAGGAAGUAUGUGAGCACACUCGUUCGGCUAGGCGCCAGCCGAACCGAAAUAUGCGAAAGCCUUUAGCCUCCCCUCUCACAUUCCACAGCUUACCACAGUAGAAUCUCAGCCAUCACUCCAGUGGUUGAGCUAACAGAGAGAUGGCACUGUGAAGACAGUGACAAUGUUGGGGAACAUCAUAAUAUGAUACUGGUGAUACCACAUGAUACCGCAUUCAUUUUUAAUUCCUCCAACUGACGGGAAAUGCAUCUUAACUGAAAUGAUACUGAAAACGGCUAAAAUAGAAUUCAGUUGCAAGAUUAGUCAUCUCUCUCCCACUCUCCUUCUCUCCCUCCCCACUACUUGCUCUCUUUAUCUCCCUCUCCCUCCCUCUCUUUUCUCACUCUCUCGAUCUCUCUCUCCUGUGUUUUAAAAUGGCCAGGUCUUUGUCUUUAAACUUAAUGGUGUCCCUUGCUCUUCUCUUUGAACUCAGUGGUCUGUCCGUCUCAUUGUCUGUGACAGUGAAACACACUCCUCUACACACACUGGGUCCGUCUCAACAGGGCUCAUUCCAUAUACACUGUCAUUAGUCUAGAAAGAACUGGGGUUCCUAUGGGGAAGCAGAACUUUAUCUGGGUCUAAGGAAUGAGUUGGUGUGUGUGCAUGUGUGAGUGCGUGCAUAGGUGCGUGCCUGUGUCUUUGUGUGUGUGUGUGUGAGCAUAUUUAAAUAAUUGUGUCUUUUAUCUGUGAGCUGACCUCAUCCACACCACGCUUUAACAGUGGAACACACGGCUAUAUCUUUGUAUCUGUCUGUCCGUCCAUUCAUCCAUGUCUGUUUCUCUGUGAGUUUGGCCCUUCAAAGAGCCCUUUCAUGUUCCACUCCUAGAGAGGAGAGGAGGAGUGGAACACACACAUAGGCUGAAAUGCCAUAGAAAUUAACCUGUGAAUUCCAAUAGGAGUUUAAAGUGUGUGGGUCCGUGUGUGUGUGUCCAUAUGUGUGUGUGUGUUCACAGGGAGUUUGCCAAAGAGAGAGAGCGUGUGGAGAAGAGGCAGGACUUUCUGAAGCUGCGCAGACAGCAGCAGAUAGAGAAAGAGCUUACGGGAUACCUAGAGUGGAUAUGCAAGGCAGGUCAGGCUCACCUCCACUUCUUGUAAUCCGUGUGUGUGUGUAAAUGGUGCAUUCGGCAAGUAUUCAGACCCCUUGACUUUUUCCACAUUUUGUUUAUGUUACAGCCUUAUUCUAAAAUGGAUUCAUUAUGUUUUUAAACUCAUCAAUCUACACACAGUACCCCAUAAUGACAAAGCCAAAACAGGUUUUUAGAAAUUUUUGCAAAUGUAUUUUGAGGGACCUUACAGAUGUUGUGUGUAUGGGGACAGAGGAAGAGUUAGUCAUUUAAAAAUCAUGUCAAACCCUACGUUUAACUUUUUUUGUGAUUUGUUAAGCCAAAUGUUACUAAUUUAGGCUUGACUAAACUAAGGGACUGAAUACUUAUGCAAUGACUAUAUUUUACUUAUACAUUUUUUUUAUUAAUUAUUCUUCCACUUUGACAUUAUAGAGCAUUCUGUGUAUAUUGUUGACCAAAAAAAUAUGAAUCCCACUUUGUAACACAAUAAAAUGUGAAAGAAUCCAAACGGUCUAAAUACUUUUGCAAGGCAUGUGUGUGUUGGUGAUGUGUAUGUACACUCUUAGAAAAAAGGGUGCUACCUAGAACCUAAAAGGGUUCUUUGGCUGUCACCGUAGGAGAGAACCCUUUGAAGACCCCUUUUUGGUUCCAGGUAAAACCCUUGUGGUUCCAGGUAGAACUGUUUUCGGUUCUAUGUUGAACCCUUUCCACAGAGGGUUCUACCUGGAACCCAAAAGGGUUAUACCUGGAACCAAAAAGGGUUAUCCUACGGGGACAGCAGAAGAACCCUUUUGGAACCCUUUUUUCUAAGAGUGUACAGUUUGUGUGGUUGUAUGUGUGUGCAUGAGCGUUUGUGAGUAUGUGUGCGUGUGUCGUGGUAUAUAACCCUGUCCUCUCCUGUUCCAGAGGAGGUGCUGCUGGAGGAGGAGGAUGAGAACGCGGAGGAGAAGUCCCCUCUGGACGGUGCGUGGUACAAGAGGAAACAGAACCUCCCAGGUGAAAAGAGGGCUCGAGGUCCACACUGUGGCCUUUACCAUGGUACCCUACUGGACUACCAUGGUACCUUAUGGUAAAACAGGCAUAGUCAGAUACGAUUCAUCAUUCUCAUGAAUUAGCCUCACCCUCCAUUUUCAGAUUGAGACGAUUUUGCACCAUGUCAUUCUGUGGUGUAUAAAUCGCUCAAUUCGAUUCAUGCCAUAUUUAGGGUACCAUGAAUGUGGUCUGGUUCUCUUUCACCUGGGGUAUAGGGUUUAAUACACUAUUACAAUGUGUUAGAGUAUCAGUGAGUGAUUACUAAGGUCCAGGGAGACUGCUGUAAUGAGUUGUUGUCUGGUGUCCCUGCACUACAUCUUGUUUGUCAGUCUUUUCUCUCUGUCUGUAUCUUUCUAUCCUUUAUUUCUUCAACUUUCCCUCUAUGUAUUUCCCUUCACUCCACUCUUCUUGCCCUCUCUCUCUCACUUCCCCUAUCGCUCUCUCUCUCUCUUCCUCUCCCUCUUUCCUCUUCUCUCUAUCACUACCCCUCUCUCUCUCUCUUCCUCUCCCUCUUUCCUCUUCUCUCUAUCACUUCCGCACUCUCCCCCGUCCUCUUCCUUCUCUCCCUCUUUCCUCUUCUCUCUCUCCUUCUCUCUCUCAUCCCUCCUCUCCUUCUCUCCCUCUUUCCCCUUCUCCUCACCCCCCUCCUCUCUCUUCUCCCUCUUUCCCCCUUCUCGUCACUCCCUCCCCCUCCUCUCUCUGCUCCCCUCUUUCUCCUUCUCUUUUCACUCACUGACUCGUUCUCUCUUCCCUCCCUCUCUCCUCCCUCCUCUCUCUCUCUCUCUCUCACUCCCCUUCUCGCUCUCCUCUUCCUCUCUCUCCUCACUUCCUUCUCUCUCACUCCCCCUCCUCUCUCUUCUCUCCCUCUUUCCCCUUCUCUGUCACUCCCCCUCCUCUCUCUGCUCUCCCUCUUUCCUCUUCUCUCUCUCACUUCCUUCCUUCUCUCUCCUCUCCUCUUCUUCCUCUCUCUUCUUGCUCUUUCCUUCUCUCUCACUCCCCUCCUCUCUCUGCUCUCCCUCUUUCCUCUUCUCUCUCUCACUUCCUUCUCUCUCGCUCCACCCCCCCUCUUCUCUUUCUCUUCCUCUUCUCUCCGACAUGGACGGUUCUCCCUGCUCCAGCUGGAGUGCAGUCAUGUCCCAGAUGUUACUCCCCUCAGCCCCCGGCAGCCGCAUGUUGUGUUAGGCCCAUACUCUCAGCCAAUUAGGUCUGGUGUGGGAGCCAGGGUUAAUUAGGGGGAUUUAGAGAGAUGACUCGAUUGGAUUAGGGCUGUACAAUACAUGCACACACACACACAAGCACGUAUCUACACACACACACACACUCACACACACACACACACACACACACAUACAUACACAUACUUCUCAGGUUAGAUGACAGAACUGAUGGCUUGUCUACAUCUUCCUUCGUUUAAUAACUUAAUUACAUGCUGAGGAUUAUAAUGCUUGAGCUCACUGCCAGAGAAAUCCCACUCAAUAAUAUUGUUAAAGCUGAAAAUGUAAUCGUGGCCAAGGGAUGUUGAAUGGCAGGUUCAAGUUCAAGUUUUAUUUUCACAUGCACAAGUACAGUGAAAUGCAAGGUCUACACAACAGUGCAGUAAUCAAUAUCAAAAUAGUAUAAUUAAUCAAAAUAAAACAUUUAUAUAAUAAAGAAAACACAAUAAAUAAGAAAUAAGAGAGGACGCUAUAUACAGGGUCAGUGCCACGUUUGCCCACUGACAAAGAAAUGAUCAGUCUAUAAUUUCAAUGUUAGGUUUAUUUGAUCCAGGCUCUGUUGUAGCCGGCCACGACCGGGAGACCCAUGGGGCAGCGCACAAUUGGCCCAGCGUCGUCCAGGGUAGGGGAGGGAAUGGCCGGCUGGUUUGCAACGCCAGGGUUGUGGGUUCGAUUCCCACGGGGGGCCAGUAUGAAAAAUAAAAAAAUUAUGUAUGCACUCACUAACUGUAAGUCGCUCUGGAUAAGAGCGUCUGCUAAAUUACUAAAAUGUAAAAUGUAACAGUGAGAGACAGAAUAACAACAAAAACAUCCAGAAAAACGCAUGUAAAAAAUGUUAUAAAUUUAUUUGCAUUUUAAUGAGGGAAAUAAGUAUUUCACCCCUCUGCAAAAUAUGACUUAGUACUUGGUGGCAAAACCCUUGUUGGCAAUCACAGAAGUCAGACGUUUCUUGUAGUUGGCCACCAGGUUUGCACACAUCUCAGGAGGGAUUUUGUUCCACUCCUCUUUGCAGAUCUUCUCCAAGUCAUUAAGGUUUCGAGGCUGACGUUUGGCAACUCGAACCUUCAGCUCCCUCCACAGAUUAUCUAUGGGAUUAAGGUCUGGAGACUGGCUAGGCCACUCCAGGACCUUAAUGUGCUUCUUCUUGAGCCACUCCUUUGUUGCCUUGGCCGUGUGUUUUGGGUCAUUGUCAUGCUGGAAUACCCAUCCACGACCCAUUUUCAAUGCCCUGGCUGAGGGAAGGAGGUUCUCACCCAAGAUUUGACGGUACAUGGCCCCGUCCAUCGUCCCUUUGAUGCGGUGAAGUUGUCCUGUCCCCUUAGCAGAAAAACUCCCCCAAAGCAUAAUGUUUCCACCUCCAUGUUUGACGGUGGGGAUGGUGUUCUUGGGGUGAUAGGCAGCAUUCCUCCUCCUCCAAACACGGCGAGUUGAGUUGAUGCCAAAGAGCUCCAUUUCGGUCUCAUCUGACCACAACACUUUCACCCAGUUCUCCUCUGAAUCAUUCAGAUGUUCAUUGGCAAACUUCAGACGGGCAUGUAUAUGUGCUUUCUUGAGCAGGGGGACCUUGCGUGUGCUGCAGGAUUACAGUCCUUCAUGGCGUAGUGUGUUACCAAUUGUUUUCUUGGUGACUAUGGUCCCAGCUGCCUUGAGAUCAUUGACAAGAUCAUCCCGUGUAUUUCUGGGCUGAUUCCUCACCGUUCUCAUGAUCAUUGCAACUCCACGAGGUGAGAUCUUGCAUGGAGCCCCAGGCCGAGGGAGAUUUACAGUUAUUUUGUGUUUCUUCCAUUUGCGAAUAAUCGCACCAAAUGUUGUCACCUUCUCACCAAGCUGCUUGGCGAUGGUCUUGUAGCCCAUUCCAACCUUGUGUAGGUCUCCAAUCUUGUCCCUGACAUCCUUGGAGAGCUCUUUGUCCUUGGCCAUGGUGGAGAGUCUGUAAACAGGAAGCAGGAGUAUUGAGUCGUGAUCUGAUUUGCCGAAGGGGGACGAGGGAGGGCCUUGUAUGCUUGCUUGUGGGUUGAGGAACAGUGGUCCAGGACUUUAUCACCCCUAGUGGCGAAGGAGACGUGUUGAUAGAAGUUGGGCAUCACUAGGGCUGUGGCGGUGAUUGUCAAGCAAAUAACUGUCGGUCUCACUGUAAUUGACCGUUAAUUAACAUAAACACAUUUAGCAUCUCCUGGCUUCCACACAUAGCCUACAAGCCACUGAUGCAGACCUUUGGAACAUCUACAUUUAAAAAAGUCUAAUAAAUCUAUUGUCACGAGUGUCAGUGUAAUGCGGUGGAUCGAAGUCAGGCGCAGGACACAGAACACAGAAACGUACUUUACUGAAAUAAGUAAAAACAAUACAGAAUACCUCCACACAGGGAGGAACUAACCCGCUCACCAACGACACACGAAACGAAAAACAACCACCGACAAAACACAUUGGGAGCCACUGGGUUAAAUAGGGAAGGAGUAAUCACAUAAUGGGCAACAGGUGUGUAACAAUCAGACAACAGGUGCAACAUAGAAACAUAGAACAUAGAUCGGCAGCAGCUAGUAUUCCGGUGACGACGUACGCCGAAGCCUGCCCGAGAAAGGAGGAGGGGCAGCCUCGGCAGAAUCCGUGACAUCCAUGUAAUACAGCGUACACCUUAACAAUAAAUCCAUGAUUUAUUUUAGACAGGUCUAAAGAAACAUGAUAUGAAGAAAAUGUAGUCUAUUUCAGAAGAACAGAAUAGCAUACUCUGAGUUGUCCUUAUGUUAUUUCCUGAUCUGGCUAUGCCAUAUGGCUGUGGGCUACACUAGUUCAUUUAGUAGACAAGAUUUGCUUAGAAUUCCGUGGCAUUAUUUUAUAUUAUUUUAUAGUGUGAAGAAUACAAUUGAACAUAGCUGAAUAAAAUUGAAAUGAUUUUUUCUCCAAACCUUUUGAGGGAGUGCGCACAUGCAGCUAUUCUGUGUUGAGCGGUUAACAAAGAAAUAGGUACUCCAAAUGCUUAACUUAGAGUUAUUAAUGUAACUUCGGUUGUUCUACAAACUUUGGGCUAUAUGUUUUGAUUUUUAAUACAUUGUAAGGCUGCAUGAUGCGACUCUAAUGAUGAUUUGAAAAAAGUUGCAUGAAAGUCAUGAGCUCUGCUUUGUUUUUUGCACAGGCUGUACACACUUCGUCAGUCUCACAUUCACAAUUUGAGAAGCACUUGAUAAUGCCUUGAAUUUCCCGGCGGCAUCCCCUUUGUGUGGCCAAAAUGCACCUAAAAAAUUAAAUGCCUUUUGCAGCCCUUCUCCCUGAGUGCUGCCUGCUCCGAAGCAGCUCUCAUCUCACUCACAGGGCUCUCCAUCACGUGAUCGGUCUUUCUCACAGGCUACAAAUGAAGACAGACACAUCCGGGACGCAACUGCGCGCGUCCUUAUCCAAUUCCGAGGUGCAUAUUGAAGAUAUUGGAAGAACUUUCCACAUUUACUUUUCGUCAGCCAACAAGAUGAGUAGGCCUAACGAACAGCAAAAGCACUAGCCUAUGUCAAUCUACUAUCCCCCAUAGUACAAAAGUUGACCUAUUCUAUUCUGUGCCAAACAUAGCCUGGGACAGUUGUGGGAUGCGAUAGAUCCCAAAUUAAUACAAACCCUAGCAUCCCAAAACUUUUUUACGCAAUGAGGCUGACGCAACAGAUCAGAACGUUUAGCUUAAAAUGUUGAUAAACUAUUAGGCUAUUUCUUCACAUUAUAAGCGCAGCAAUGCGCACACGGCAGUAGGCUAUAAGCGCAAAUGUUGCAUUUGCGGGAAAACACCAUUAUCAAAAGGGACCACAAAUGUGAUUAUGCAUGUAAUGCUUUUAUUAUAAAGGUGCAUUUUUAUGGUGAAAAUUAUCUUCCCCUAACUUGAAACUCACGCGCUGCGUAUGUAUGUCAGUUAGGCUCUACACCCGUUGUAAAGCGGAUUAAUGUGCUUCAUUUUAAGAAGUUAUUUCGUCACUUUUGUUGUGAUACAAACCUUAUCAAAACAUAUAGGCCUAUGGGCUAGGCUACAUGAGGUGUGCGACUAUGAUUCCAAAAAGUCACACAAAAAAGGCAUUGUUUCUUGCCUUAAGAUGGGCAUCAUUCACAAGUGAUAAUAUAUAAUUCACAAGUGAUAGGCUAAUAUUGUCACCUAUCAGACUAUUUUUUAUUUAAUCUUGUCUUUACAUAUACUAAAUAAUAUAUGUGUGAAAUUCAUUUUGAUUUAGAAUGGACCAUUAUCAUGCAGCUGUCUCGAAAUAGGGGUAGGGGAAAAAAUACAUGUCAUCUCUGCACUUAAAUAGCGAAUGGAGGACGCUUUUCCUGUGGUUCAUUUUCAUGCCAGCCAGGUAGACUAUAGCCCCUGUUGUAAAGAUAAGCAAUGUGCUUAAUAUUUGCUUAAUAUUAGGAAAGUUGAAAAAUAAAUAUAGAAAGCUGAUGGGAUCCUCCUCUUUUUAAUAGAGGUCAUCACUCUGUUUUCUUGCACAAUUGCAUAGCUUAUAGAAAUGUUGCGCAACAUGAGCUCAUGGGUUUGAUUAGAUUUUCGAUUACAUUUGCAUUGAUGUCAGAGUGAUUAGCGGGACAAUAGAGUGCUGAGUACCAGGCAGUUAGCAAUUUUGGUAGGCUACUAAUGACCAUCAGCAGCAUCAGAGCUUGGAGAAGCCUAAUUACCAUGACUAAACGUUCACGUGAAAUUUGACUGCCUUCAUGACUCGUGACCGCCGGUGUGGCGGUAAUACGGUCACUGCAACAGCCCUAGGCAUCACUUGUCUUAGUGACGUGGAAUUAAAAUCACCGGCAACAAGAAAAGCAAUCUCCGGGUGCAUGGUUUCCUGCUUGCUUAUAGCCUCGUACAGUUUGUCAAGUGCCAGCUUUUUGUUGUGGAAUGUAUACAGCAGUCACGAUAACAGAGGAAAACUCUCUCGGGAGGUAGAAGGGUUGGCAUUUGACCAUCAGGUAUUCCAAGACGGGUGAACAAUAGAUCGAGACUACCACUACGAUAGAGUCAGCACACCAGUUGUUGUUGAUGAAGAGACAUAGCCCUCCCCCUCUGGUUGUCCCUGAAUCCGAUGUCCUGUCCGCUCGAUUAUAUUUUUUCCGAAUGCCAUGUUUCAGUAAAACAGAGGAUAUUGCAGUUACGAGCGUCGCAUUGAUAGCACAUCCACAAUCGGAGGUCAUCCAUCUUAUCAUGAAGUGACUCUGCACAUUGGGGUUAUGUGCCUUCCUCAAGGGCACAUCGACAGAUUCUCCUUGUCAGCUUCAGGAGUUGAACUAGCAACUAGAGAAAUGAAAGGACGGAUUUAUAGGUAAAGAUACAAAUGUUGGACCAUUGUCAAUCUGUCUGUCGUUCUAUUAAAGAUGAUAUGGUUCUCUCUGUUUCACCAUUUACUCAUAAAUUAAGAUACUGCUCUGAUCCUCAUUCAUAGAGAACAUAAGCAGAGCUGAUUUUGCCUCAGAGCAGAGCAUUGAAGAGGUACUCUAGAUUCUAGAAGGGUUGUAGAUCUUUUGUGACAUCGAGGCUCACGUGACGAUCACAUUCAUGCACAACAGUUUUUCAUUCCAAGGCUGGCUUGAAGCGGAAGCCAGAAUCGGAGAAUGAAAAACGUGAUUGAUGCCCACUAUUCAUAGCAUCCAAUUAGCCCACACAUAUGGGGGGAGGGGCAUGCUGUGUGUGUGUGUGCGUGCGUGCGUACGUGUGUACGUCAGUGCACGUGGCAACACAUACAUGUGUGUAUGUAAAUGCCCAUGUGUGUGUAGAAAUCCUUACUCCUGCCUCUCUGCUGUGCUGUGUGUGUGCAGUGUUGAAACGAGGCAAGGUCAAGAAGAGUAAGAAUGACCUGAUCGGUGCUGAGGAGGGAGAGGAUCACUUCACUGACAUGUCCUCUGUUGGUAAGACUCAACCAUCCUGUACUCCUAUCUGACUGACCAGACUCAACUGUCUGUCUGACUGACCCCAACCUUCACAUUUGACCUCAACUGACUAAAUCAACCUUUGGCUGACCCUUGACCUUUUAGAUAACAACUCCUUGAGCUUGUCCUCACAGCUUGUCUCAUGUUCCCCCUCUGGUGACCUUUGGCCUAUUCAAAGGUUUUUCUAUUCUCAUGCAUCUUUUUGAUGCUUCAAUUUAUUUCACUGUUAUCUCUGGUAUGUAACACAAACUAACAACACUUGUUACACAAGGAAACUCUACUUACAUUACCAUAGUCAGAAGGAUUGCUUGUUUUACUGAUUAUUUGUAGCCUGUAGAUGUCGUUCAAUUUUCUUAUUAUACUCUAAAAUUAUAGUAGCUGGAAAAAUCACUCCAGGAUAAUGGAUUCGAGUUUUAAUAUUAAUGAAAUAAAGUUUGCUUCACAGAAAAAAAUAUGUAAUUACUUGUCUUUGGGGGAAAUACUCCUAACCAUGAUAAUUGAAAUAAUUUUAGUGUUCACAUUAAAGAAACCGUCUGGAUUCCUCUCCUGACAACCUCCAGUGGCUGUUUUACAUCUAAAUUACUGUCAUGGGGAUACAGGCUUUACACAGUCAAAUCUAACAUCUACAUUUGUCCUGUUCUAAACUAAAGAUCCGAUUUCACUCUCAGUGAGGCAGAUUAUAAAACCUUUAAUGCAAAAAAUUAUACCUUUUCAGAGUGGUAAGUGAGAAUUGAGGAUACAUUUUUGUCUUAGUCAUUUGAGUCUUAUCCAUUUUAGUCUUAGCCGUGAAGGUCUUUCAAUUAGCAAAGAAGCUCGGAUUUAUUCAGGUGGAAUGUAGAGCGAGAGUCUAAAUAUGGAGCUUCUAGUGGGUUGAUUACAGCCUGAAACAGCCUCAAUAUUCUUAUACGGUUCCCCCUCAGAUACAGAAGUACAGACUUAAUGCUGGAUGUCAAUAUUUCUUUUUGUAAACUAUUAGAACAUGUAUUGUAAUAUAAUGUUCAAAUCACCCUAGACUUGCCGAUGAUGACUUGAUGAUGAUAAUGAUAAUAAUGCCAACGAUGAUGAACAGUAAAUCACUUUUGGGAAUGUGACGUGAUGGAUGACAUGAUACACCUUUCUGUGCUGACUUCCCUUCUUCACCUUCUUUCCCCUAGCGCCCCCAGGCUCUCCGUUUGGCCGGGCCAGCGUGAAGAGCAGUAAGCUGGAGAGCUCGUCCUACUUCCGCCGCAAGGAGAGGAGAAUGCGUUUCUUCAUCCGUCGCAUGGUCAAAGCCCAGAGCUUCUACUGGAUAGUACUGUGUCUGGUGGGCCUCAACACGCUGUGUGUGGCCAUCGUCCACUACGACCAGCCUGAGUGGCUCACCACCACCCUCUGUAAGUCACACACACGUGUGUAUUCACACCAAGCAGGCACACACGCACAUCCACACACACAUCCACACACACGCACAUCCACACACACACACACACACACACACACACACACACACACACACACACACACACACACACACACACACACACACACACACACACACACACACACACACACACACACACACACACACACACACACACACAGAUGCCUACACACACAUGCACAGACACACACACAUUCACAAUCAAAUGGAUGAUUAUCAGUAGCUGAUGCAUUUAGUCAUUGAUGGUUCUCCAUCCCCCUGGAACCCCAGACCAGGCAGAGUUUGUGUUCCUGGGUCUGUUCCUGUCUGAGAUGAGCCUGAAGAUGUACGGCCUGGGAGCCAGAAACUACUUCCAUUCCUCUUUCAACUGCUUCGACUUUGGUGUAAGUCACCAUACAUGCCUUUGCAAUACCUUGAAAAGCUAAUUAAUCUAUCUCAGAUGCAGAUGCUAACAUAACGACUUACAUGGCCACUGGAUACAUUUUUUAUAUGAUGAUUAAAUGUUGAAUUGAUUCUAAUGUUAAAUGUUGAAUGUUGAAUUGAAUCAAUUGAUUUAAUUCAUUGGUCCUCUGGGGAAUCGUGGGUUCGAUUCCCCGGACCACCCACACGUAAAAUGAAUGCACUCAUGACUGUAAGUUGCUUUGGAUAAAAGCGUCUGCUAAAUGGCAUAUACAGUGUAUGUAUACAGUAUACACUACCGGUCAAAAGUUUUAGAACACCUACUCAUUCAAGGGUUUUUCUUUAUUUGUACUAUUAUCUACAUUGUAGAAUAAUAGUGAAGACAUCAACACUAUGAAAUAACACAUGGAAUCAUGUAGUAACCAAAAAAGUGAUAAAAAUAAAUAAAAAUAUAUUUUAUAUUUGAGAUUCUUCAAAUAGCCACCCUUUGCCUUGAUGACAGCUUUGCACACUCUUGGCAUUCUGUCAACCAGCUUCUAGGUAAAAUAGCCCUUACACAGCCUGGAGGUGUGUUGGAUCAUUGUCCUGUUGAAAAACAAAUAAUAGUCCCACUAAGCCCAAACCAGAUGGGAUGGUGUAUCGCUGCAGAAUGCUGUGGUAGCCAUGCUGGUUAAGUGUGCCUUGAAUUCUAAAUAAAUCACAGACAGUGUCACCAGCAAAGCACCCCCACACCAUAACACAUCCUCCUCCAUGCUUUACGGUGGGAAAUAUACAUGCGGAGAUCAUCCGUUUACCCACACCGCGUCUCACAAAGACACGGCGGUUGGAACCAGAAAUCUCAAAUUUGGACUCCAGACCAAAGGACACAUUCCCACCGGUCUAAUGUCUAUUGCUCGUGUUUCUUGGCCCAUGCAAGUCUCUUCUUCUUAUUGGUGUCGUUUUGUAAUGGUUUCUUUGCAGCAAUUCGACCAUGAAGACCUGGUUCACACAGUCUCCUCUGAACAGUUGAUGUUGAGAUGUGUCUGUUACUUGAACUCUGUGAAGCAUUUAUUUGGGCUGCAAUUUCUGAGGCUGGUAACUCUAAUGAACUUAUCCUCUGCAGCAGAGGUAACUCUGGGUCUUCCAUUCCUGUGGCGUUCCUCAUGAGACCCAGUUUCAUCAUAGUGCUUAAUGGUUUUUGUGACUGCACUUGAAGAAACUUUCAAAGAUCUUGAAAUGUUCCGUAUUGACUGACCUUCAUGUCUUAAAGUAAUGAUGGACUGUCAUUUCUCUUUGCUUAUUUGAGCUGUUCUUGCCAUAAUAUGGACUUGGUCUUUUACCAAAUAGGGCUAUCUUCUGUAUACCCCCCUACCUUGUCACAACACAACUGAUUGGCUCAAACGCAUUAAGAAGGAAAGAAAUUCCACAAAUUAACUUUUAAGGCACACCUGUUAAUUGAAAUGCAUUCCAGGUGACUACCUCAUGAAGCUGCAUGAGAGAAUGCCAAGAGUGCGCAAAGCUGUCAUCAAGGCAAAGGGUGGCUAUUUGAAAUUUGAAGAAUCUCAAAUAUAAAAUACAUUUUGAUUUGUUUAACACUUUUUUGGUUACUACAUGAUUCCAUAUGUGUUAUGUAGAAUGUAGAAAAUAGUAAAAUUAAAGAAAAACCCUUGAAUGAGUAGGUGUGUCCAAACUAUUGCUGCUGAGUAGCAAGUAGUAGCUACUUUGUUAUAGUAGCUCUUUCUCCUCUCCUCUUCUCCACAGGUGAUAAUAGGAAGUAUACUUGAGGUGGUGUGGUCUAUGAUCAAACCAGGGGCAUCCUAUGGCAUUAGUGUACUGAGGGCUCUUCGUCUGCUAAGGUUAUUCAAAUUCACCAAGUGAGUGAACACACAUUUCUGUCCACACAUAGGCCUACAUACGCUCGCACUCCGUGUACACUCAUACAAGAUAUCAACAUACAUUCAGAAUCAAAUGUGGGGACAGUAAGAAGAUAUUUCUCCACAGAGCAAUGUUUAGCAUUGUCCCAUUCUGUCAGUCUGUAAUCCUAUUAAAGUUAGAUAGGGAUCAUUUUAUACUCACUAGAUUAGUCAAUAAUCAUGUGAUUCACAACAAUGUAGUGGAACAUUUCUAUCUAUUUACCAGUAGCACCACAAUCAAGCCUCCCACCGUCCUUUCCUCCCUAUGUUCUCCCUAUCCAUUCACUACUAUCUCUCUCUCUUUCUCUCUCUCUUCCUCCUUUCUCUUCUCUCUGCUUUCCCCAGGUACUGGAAUUCCCUGAGGAACCUGGUGGUGUCUCUGCUCAACUCAAUGAAGUCCAUUAUCAGUUUGCUCUUCCUCCUCUUCCUCUUCAUCGUUGUCUUUGCUCUGCUGGGCAUGCAGCUUUUCGGAGGACAGUGAGUAUUCCCUACACUCUCCUCCAUGGAACCUGACCCUUGACCCCUAACUUUUCACCCUUGACUCCUCUCUGGUCACAAACACACACACACACACGCACACACACACACACACACACACACACACACACACACACAGACACACACACACACACACCACACACCUACCUAUCUACCUACCCCCCCCCCCCCCCUCUCUCUCUAAUCCCUGAUCCAGCACUGCAGUGGUGGCAGACACAUUGCCACAGCAGGGACCGGCACAGCAGUGUAGCUUUGAAACCGGGCUGUGUAAAACCACCUGAUCUGUGCUACGAUGUGUUAAUCAAAGGCCUGGCUCUAACCAAGCUCUGCCUGCCGACAGCCACAAACACACCAUCUGGCGGAACACUGUUUAUUGUUUAGACCAGAGGCCAGUCAAAAUGCCUUCCUAAUUGUUUAGUCAGGUUUACAGUGUUUAUGUUGUCAUUAGAUGUUUACCUCAGAGACCUGAGUCAAAGUAAGCUACCUUGCCCAUUAUAUCCUCGACAUUGCAGCAGGUAAGAGGUUAGAGCACUCGAGGGAAACUCCAGUGUCAUAUUCUCACCUCUCCCAGAAUGACGGCAUUGGCGGAUGCUGCGCUCCCAUUGGGCUAUUUGGAUAGGCAUGGUCCCAUGCUCAAUUUAAACUGGCUGUUCCAUCAUAAUGGCCACAUCAGUCUAGGCUGAUGGAUAUGUGUGAAAACACUCUGAUGUGCACAUGGUGCUCAGCUGUUGGGCCUCAUGCCUAUCAUGUGAUGAGAGUCUGAAUCCAUUGUUCUUUUUCCUAUAAUCACCUGUGUUCCGACUCCUUGUGAAAAGACAUGGGCGACAGAGAAAAGGCAUUAAUAAACUUCUAUAUUUGAGCUCAGCCAGUGAAUGAUUGAGUUGAUUAUACACUGCAGAGGUUGCAUCCCUAUCAGCCAGCCCCAGACAAAUCUCUCAAUAAAAUCCAGGGAGGACGGGAAAGUAAACGGUUUAAGAGAGCAGUCUUCUGCUCCGCAGGGAUUUGAAUGUCUGCAGGACAUAAUUGCCUGCAGGGGAUUUAUGAAAAGCUCUAAUCAAAUGAUAAUAUCAACAAUGGGGAGGAUAGAAAGAUAAUGUUGUAGAAAUUAGUUUUUUUGGGCUUGUGUUUAAUAUUCGUUUUUAUUCACUUGUUGGAACCUGCCAACUUUGAUGCAACUUCAUUCCAUUGAUAAAGUAAGCUAAAAUAACAAGGGAAUUGUUUUUAGAUCCAACCAAAUGUUUGCCCAGUGGUAGGCCUAUUUGGUCCACAUGGAAAAGUAUUGCCCUUUUGUCUUAAAAACUUCACUCUCAUUGGUUAUAUAGGUUAUUGUGUGGUUUUCAUGUUAGAUAUAAACAUGUUAUUAUUAAUUCCUCUAUUAGAUAGAGAUGGUGUUUUAUAGGUGUGCUUUGUAUUGAAUCCCUCAUGUGCUUCAGGGAGCCUCUCAAUACUCUAGUCGAGAGGACUGUGACCGCACUCUAAAUUCAACACAUUUUAAUGGAAGCCGAUCCAACGCCUGCGUUCCCUUCUCGUUGUAAACUAGAGCAUAUUCCUCCCAUUCUCCACAGAGCAGAGCUAUUGUCUCAGGGGGUGGGGGUGGGGGAGGGGGUGGCAGAAUCCAUCGCAGUGUAUCAGAGCCUCUCACAAGCCUCUGUUUGAGAAUUGAUUUAAUGAAGUCUCUGUAGAUGCCUUGGGGGGGCGAAACAACAACAUCCAAUCCCUAUUAUCAGAGUAAACACUGUGGAGGUCUGCACAGCGGCACCAGAGCAUUCUGCCGCCACUGCCAUCAGUGUGCCAACCUAGAGAGAGAAAGGGAACAAGGGAAAAGGCUGCAUAUCUGCAGGUGGACAAUCUACAAUUUACCACACCCAUACUUAAUAUCUCACACACACACACACACACACCACUACCACCGGCUCUCUAAGCAGGGUUCAUGAGGAGUUGUUUAUAGAGCUGGUAACUGUGAUAACCCUAUGUGCCCUCCUUCCCAUCAAACCAUCCCAUGCCUAACUUCCUCUGAUGCUCUUCUCCUCACACUUCCCCAUCACUUCCAUUCUAAUGCUCUUCCACUCACACCAGUGCUGUCUCUAGCAAACCAAUUUCUUAAGUGUACAUUGCAAGUCUAUCUAGGAAUAUCUUUGUAAUUACUCAUUGGAGUUAUCGUGUAACCUCGUCAGAAUUUUUGAGCAUUCAAAGGGAACGGGAAAGCACAACUCAGCAUUGAGAAAGCCCAUCCUGAAUGCCCAUUUUAAAUGACACACAUGCAUAAUAUGUCAUAUGCAUUUCUACGGCCAUAGACAAUAAUGCUUAUUUGGACAUGCAUUUAUAUACACUGAGUAUACAAACAUUAAGGACACCUGUUCAUUCCAUGACAUAGACUGACCAGGUGAAUCCAGGUGAAAGCUAUGCUCCCUUAUUGAUGUCACUUGUUAAAUCCACUUCAAUCAGUGUAGAUGAAGGGGAGGAGACAGGUUAAAGAAGGAUUUUUAAGCCCUGAGACAAAUGAGACAUUAAUUGUGUUUGUGUGCCAUUCAGAGGGUGAAUGGGCAAGCAACAUAUUUACAGUGCCUUGCAAAAGUAUUCAUCCCCCUUGGCGUUUUCCCUAUUUUGUUGCAUUGCAACCUGUAAUUUAAAUGGAUUUUUAUUUGGAUUUCAUGUAAUGGACAUACACAAAAUAGUCCAAAUUCGUGAAGUGAAAUGAAAAAAUAACUUGUUUCCAAAAAUUCGAAAAAAUAAAUAAUGGAAAAGUGGUGUGCAUAUGUAUUCACCCCCUUUGCUAUGAAGCCCCUAAAUAAGAUCUGGUGCAACCAAUUACCUUCAGAAGUCACAUAAUUAGUUAAAUAAAGUCCACCUGUGUGCAAUCUAAGUGUCACAUGAUCUGUCGCAUGAUCUCAGUAUAUAUACACCUGUUCUGAAAGGCUCCAGAGUCUGCAACACCGCUAAGCAAGGGGCACCACCAAGCAAGCGGCACCAUGAAGACCAAGGAGCUCUCCAAACAGGUCAGGGACAAAGUUGUGGAGAAGUACAGAUCAGGGUUGGGUUAUAAAAAUAAAAAAAGAUUAUUAAAAAAUGGAAAGAAUAUGGCACCACAACAAACCUGCCAAGAGAGGGCUGCCCACCAAAGCUCAUGGACCAGGCAAAGAGACCAAAGAUAACCCUGAAGGAGCUGCAAAGCUCAACAGCAGAGUUUGGAGUAUCUGUCCAUAGGACCACUUUAAGCCAUACACUCCACAGAGCUGGGCUUUACGGAAGAGUGGCCAUAAAAAAGCCAUUGCUUAAAGAAAAAAAUAAGCAAACACGUUUGGUCUUCGCCAAAAGGCAUGUGGGAGACUCCCCAAACAUAUGGAAGAAAGGUACUCUGGUCAGAUGAGACUAAAAUUGAGCUUUUUGGCCAUCAUGGAAAGCACUAUAUCUGGCGCAAACCCAACACCUCUCAUCACCCCGAGAAGCAUGGUGGUGGCAGCAUCAUGCUGUGGGAAUGUUUUUCAUCGGCAGGGACUGGGAAACUGGUCAGAAUUGAAGGAAUGAUGGAUGGCGCUAAAUACAGGGAAAUUCUUGAGGGAAACCUGUUUCAGUCUUCCAGAGAUUUGAGAGUGGGAUCGAGGUUCACCUUCCAGCAGGACAAUGACCCUAACCAUACUGCUAAAGCAACACUCGAGUGGUUUAAGGGGAAACAUUUAAAUGUCUUGGAAUGGCCUAGUCAAAGCCCAGACCUCAAUCCAAUUGAGAAUCUGUGGUAUAUCUUAAAGAUUGCUGUACACCAGCAGAACCCAUCCAACUUGAAGGAGCUGGAGCAGUUUUGCCUUGAAGAAUGGGCAAAAAUCCCAGUGGCUCGAUGUGCCAAGCUUAUUGAGACAUACCCCAAGAGACUUGCAACUGUAAUUUCUGCAAAAGGUGGCUCUACAAAGUAUUGACUUGGGGGGGGGGGAAUAGUUAUGCAAGCUCAAGUUUUCUGUUUUUUUGUCCUAUUUCUCGUUUGUUUCACAAUAAAAAAAAAUUGCAUCUGCAAAUUGGUAGGCAUGUUGUGUAAAUGAAAUGAUACAAACCCCCCCAAAAAAUCAAUUUUAAUUCCAGGUUGUAAGGCAACAAAAUAGGAAAAAUGCCAAGGGGGGUGAAUACUUUCGCAAGCUACUGUAAGUGCCUUUGAACGGGGUAUGGUAGUAGGUGCCAGGCGCACUGGUUUAUGUCAAGAACUGCAACACUGCUUGGUUUUUCACCCUCAACAUUUUCCCGUGUGCAUCAAGAAUGGUCCACCACCCAAAGGACAUCCAGCCAACUUUACACAACUGUGGGAAGCAUUGGAGUCAACAUGGGCCAGCAUCCCUGUGGAAUACUUUGGACACCUUGUAGAGUCCAUUCUGCGACGAAUUGAGGCUGUUCUCAGGGGAAUGCACAGUGUUUGGGUCGAUCCCCAAAUGCUCUCAGAACUCUAGAACUCCCGAGUGGCGCAGCGGUCUAAGGCACUGCAUCUCAGUGCUUGAGUCGUCACUACAGACCCCUGGUUCGAUUCCAGGCUGUAUCACAACCGGACGUGAUUGGGAGUCCCAUAGGGCAGCGCACAAUUGGCCCAGCAUCGUCCGGGUUUGGCCAGUGUAGGCCGUCAUUGUAAAUAAUAAUUUGUUCUUAACUGACUUCCCUAGUUAAAUAAAGGUAAAAUAAAUAAAUAAAAGUACCUGUGUAAAACACUAUACAAGGUUGUGUUGGUGUGUGUAAGAGUGUGUGUGUAAAGGUUUCAAAGAGCAAGUUUGAAAUAGAGAGUUAGAUAGAGAGAUAGAGAGAGAGACUGUAAUGUAACUGUAAGAAGGUACAUUAACAAUGUGAAUGCCUGGGACUUGAACUUGCUCCUCCUAAUUAUGUGUACAUCAUACUGUCAAAUCAAAUCAAAUUAAAUUUUAUUUGUCACAUGCGCCGAAUACAACAGGUCUAGACCUUAGCGUCAAAUGCUUACUUACAAGCCCUUAACCAACAAUGCUGUUUUAAGAAAAAUAUUUACUAAGUAAACUAAAGUAAAAAAUAAAAGCGCAACAAUAAAAUAACAGUAAUGAGGCUAUAUACAGGGGGUACCGGUACCGAGUCAAUGUGCGGGGGUACAGUUUAGUCGAGGUAAUUGAGGUAAUAUGUACAUGUAGGUAGGGGUGAAGUGACUAUGCAUAGAUAAUAAACAGUGAGUAGCAGCAGCGUAAAAAAAUGCAAAUAGUCUGGGUAGCCAUUUGAUUAGCUGUUCAGCAGUCUUAUGGCUUGGGGGUAGAUGCUGUUAAGAAGCCUUUUGGACCUAGACCGGUACCGCUUGCCGUGCGGUACCAGAGAGAACAGCCUAUGACUAGGAGUCUUUGGCAAUUUUUAGGGCCUUCCUCUGACACUACCUGGUAUAGAGGUCCUGGAUGGCAGGAAGCUUGGCCCCAGUGAUGUACUGGGCCGUACGCACUACCCUCUGUAGCGCCUUGCGGUUGGAGGCCGAGCUGUUGCCAUACCAGGCGGUGAUGCAACCAGUCAGGAUGCUCUCGAUGGUGCAGCUGUAUAACUUUUUGAGGAUCUGAGGACCCAUGCCAAAUCUUUUCAGUCUCCUGAGGGGGAAUAGGUGUUGUCGUGCCCUCUUCACGACUGUCUUGGUGUGUUUGGACCAUGAUAGUUUGUUGGUGAUGUGGACACCAAGGAACUUGAAGCUCUCAACCUGCUCCACUACAGCCCCGUCGAUGAGAAUGGGAGCGUGCUCGGCCCUUCUUUUCCUGUAGUCCACGAUUAUCUUGUUUGUCUUGAUCACGUUGAGGGAGAGGUUGUUGUCCUGGCACCACACUGCCAGGCCUCUGACCUCCUCCCUAUUGGCUGUCUCAUUGUUGUCGGUGAUCAAGCCUACCACCGUUGUGUCGUUGGCAAACUUAAUGAUGGUGUUGGAGUCGUGCUUGGCCACGCAGUCAUGGGUGAACAAGGAGUACAGGAGGGGACUAAGCACGCACCCCUGAGGGGCCCCUGUGUUGAGGGUCAGUGUGGCAGAUGUGUUGUUGCCUACCCUUACCACCUGGGGGCGGCCCGUCAUAAUGUCCAGAAUCCAGUUGCAGAGGGAGGUGUUUAGUCCCAGGGUCCUUAGCUUAGUGAUGAGCUUUGAGGGCACUAUGGUGUUGAACGCUGAGCUGUAGUCAAUGAACAGCAUUCUCACAGAGGUGUUCCUUUUGUCCAGGUGGGAAAGGGCAGUGUUGAGUGCAAUAGAGAUUGCAUCAUCUUUGGAUCUGUUGGGGUGGUAUGCGAUUUGGAGUGGGUUUAGGGUUUCUGGGAUGAUGGUGUUGAUGUGAGCCAUGACCAGCCUUUCAAAGCACUUCAUGGCUACAGACAUGAGUGCUACGGGUCGGUAGUCGUUUAGGCAGGUUACCUUGGUGUUCUUGGGCAAAGGUCCUGUCAUCUACGUAAAGAAACCACUCAAACAAUGACAGUCAAGGAAAUAAGUCAUUGUUCAGUGCAGUGUUUCUAUAUGCAUGUUGUCGUAAUGUGUGGGUGUGUUGAUGGAAUCCUUCCGAUGCAUAGAAAACAUGUAUUGAAGCUUACAAAUCAAAUCACAUUUUAUUGGCCACAUGCGCCGAAUACAACAGGUGCAGACAUUACAGUGAAAUGCUUACUUACAGCCCUUAACCAACAGUGCAUUUAUUUUUAAUAAAAAAAGUAAAAUAAAACAACAACAAAAAAGUGUUGAGAAAAUAAAAUAACAGUGGUGAAGCUAUAUAUACAGUGGGGUACCAGUGCAGAGUCAAUGUGCGGGGGCACCGGCUAGUUGAGGUAGUUGAAGUAAUAUGUACAUGUGGGUAGAGUUAAAGUGACUAUGCAUAAAUAAUUAACAGAGUAGCAGCAGCGUGAAAAGAUGGGGUGGGGGGUAGGGGUGGGGGGCAGUGCCUAGAGUGCGCAUACUAUUUGUAUGUGUACUGAUGAACAACAGGAUGGAACUCUGUUGUUGCGUUGAAUUAGUUAUAACUGUUUAUAUUUUGGAGAAGAGUAUUUCUGCCAGUUGAUGUCAGUUGGCAAACUUUCAGUAAUUCAGGGUUAAUGUAGCAUAUUCAAUGACUGCAAAUGCAAUUAUAAUGGCUUUACACAUUUCAUCUGCUGUGACCAUGAAAGUCACUACACUCCAACCUACAUGUAGAUGGAAGCCCAUGUAUCUGAUUCUGAACGUCCUGUCUGUCCUCGCUCAGGCCAAACGUCUUCUAUUUGACUCAAACUGUCCAUUGUUCUUUAUUCAAGGUUUAAUUUUGAAGAAGAGACACCGACGACCAACUUUGAUACUUUCCCGGCUGCCAUUCUCACUGUCUUCCAGGUACACUCUGUCUGUCCUUCUCUCCAUUUAAUGAACUAACUAAUUUGGCCUUUCACUCUGGAGCUCUAUCCUUCGGAAUGUUGGACUAGAAGAAAGAAUUGUGUUUUGAUCAAAGAUAAUUUGUAAUUAGUGGAAUUUGGUGGUCUGUGUACUUUUUGUCUCUUUCUCUCCAAAUGACUAAUCUUUCUGUUAGCCUGUGUUAUACUUUUAUUAAAAGUAUUCAUUGUUGAACUUUUGACCCUACUGUAUAACUAAAUAUUGUUAUUCUUCAUCUCUUACACUGAGCCACUCCCCAGAAAACAAUAUUUUCUAUUUCUAUCUCAACGGCCAACGGCAGGUUUUGACUGGCGAGGAUUGGAAUGCAGUGAUGUAUCAUGGCAUUGAGUCCCAGGGGGGCGUACGGCAGGGAAUGUUCUCCUCAGUCUACUUCAUCGUCCUCACACUCUUUGGAAACUGUAUCCUCUUUGACUCUCCGAGUCGUACCCCUGCAUGGAUAUCAGAGAUUUAAUCUGCAUGAAAUAUUCAUACAGUGAAAUAUAAAUAUAUCAUGUCAAGUGCUGCAAUGAGAGCUGUAAACUUUGACAAAUUAUUUCAGUCGGGGAUGGGCAUGCCCCUGAACCCCCUUAGGAGGGAUCCCCCAGUGAAUUCUGGCCAUUUCCACCACACAUUUCCACCACAUCCAGUUUGUUGCUGAUGUUCAAAAUGUUUGGUUGUAAUGCACUACUGUUCAGCCGUGAAAGCCACUAAAGUCGUGUCAAGAUUUUUCCUGAGCUUAGUUCCAACCAGACACGCUCCUGAACGUCUUCUUGGCUAUCGCCGUCGACAACCUUGCCAAUGCACAGGAGCUCACCAAGGUAAGGCUGAGGAACCCAAGAAACCACAUUCUACCCAGGGAACUUUUAAAAAACAAUUCUGAAUAACAUUACCCUUGGUUACCCAUCCCUUCUGGUUUAUUGGUCCAGGAUGAGGAGAAGCAGGAGGAAGAAGCCAAUAAGAAGCUGGCCCUGCAGAAGGCCAUGGAGGUGAAGGAGGUCAGCCCCAUGUCAGCAGCCAACAUCUCAAUCGCUGCGUAAGUCCCCCCCCCCCCCCCCCCCCCCAUGUUCUCCAAACAUGGUCUCUCCCGUGUGCCCUCCCAAUCUGACACCAGCCUGUCACUCUAUUGUGAAGUAUCAGAUAUAGCUGGUUCUGCCCUUAGUCAAUGUGCUAUUGUUGUUGAUGUUGGUGUCUUGGCUCUGAUUACUGUCUCUCAAUGUGUCUCUGUUGUGAUUAUUGCCUCUGUCCAUUUGCAUUCUCCUAACUACACAAUUGACAUGUUUCUGUCUACGUGUGUGUGUGCUUUGACGACGAUCCUUCUCUUUCCCCCGUCUAUGGCAAUAUCCCCCCCAAUGGGAUUUUAAUGUUGGUCAUGAUUGUCUUACAGAACUGGGAGCCCCUCUGUUAUCCUCCUCCCAGGUGGAAGAGGUGACCCAGGCAGCGUAUUAAAUUCCCUAUAAGUGCCAUUUGGGAUACAUUACCAAUCAGAUACUGACAGGAGUGGAUGCUUGAUCUGAAACUGAUCUCCAAUCAGCAUUAGUUUCUCUCAUUGGCCUUUCACUCAUUUAGUGAACAUCAAUAUAACUGAUUCAUGCAUUAGAGUCUGAUGGAGUCAAUCAGAACAUUGUCAACAUCAGCGAUCUCCUAUAACCUAUUUACUGUAUCUAACCAAGCAGCCACGCCCUCUCCCCACUGGAAUUGGCUUUAGGUCUAAUUAAUUAAUAGUGUCAUUUUCAGCAUUAGGGAUGCCAUUAUGUAGUAGGUAAAGAUGAGCAGUAUUGACAACAGUACUCUAUAAAGAAUAUUGACAAAACAUUUUGACGGUCAAUAAGUAAUUGGUUUGUACAUGACAAUGCAUCAGUAAUGUCAGUCUCAGCCCAGGUGGGACACAUCAUCUAUUAGAUGUUUAUGACAUGGCCUCUUUGUCCUGACUGUGAGCCCAAUGACCAGGGCACGUAUUGAUAAAGACCCUCAGAGUAGCAGUUCUGAUUUAGGAUCAGUUUGAAUAAGAUGAUAUGGAUAGGAGGGACCUGGUCCAAGAUCAGCACUCCUACUUUGAGACGCAUUGUGGAUACGUGCCUAGGUCAGAAUGGUGGUUAGUUUCAGAAAACAAAUCAUUGAAAUAAUGAAUUCAUCUUUCAUGGACAGAUGACCAAAUUACACACUAUUUUAGUUCUUAGUCAACCAAGAUUAAUAAUGAAUAAACACAUUUUAGAUUGACAGUAGCCUACUGCAUCAAUCCUGAUGAUUGCUUUUGAAGAUGGAUUUGCCAUAAAUAGCCUCUUGUUUUAUCUGUGCUUUUAUCUUCAUUUUGAUCUUUGUAACAUAGAAUGAUUAAAACGUAGUGAGUUUCAUUUGUCAGUCUAUUUCAAAGCUGUGUUGAUGCAGGCCAUUUCUGAGGAAACGUUUUAGUUUAGAUAUCUGUGUAAUGUGCAGUUUUACAAACCUUUUUACUUUUGAUUAAGUGAAUCCAUAAUCAUAUUUUAUUCACAAAAGUAAUCAUGAUGUUUAUUUAACAAAGACCAUUGUCUAUUUGAUUGAAAAAUUCACUCUUACAGUUUGAAAGGCUUUGUAAACCCAUUGUGUAUUGAACUUUGUGAAUCCACUUUUUCUCUCAUUACGUUGACUUGAGUGUUAUUUCUUCCGAAAGUUGUCAGUUUUAUGUCUUUUGGUAACACUUCAGUGAAGGGGUUUAGUAUCAAUAAAUAUUUGCACCCCUCGUAGUCACUUGACCACAGUAUGUAACAGUGUGGGGUGUACAGUACUACAAAGUACAGUACUACAAACUAUCUUUACUGUAUACUGUACACUACCCCUACUGCUGAAGUGUUAACCACUACUGUAGUUGUAGCUCUGAUGGACUAGUCCUUCUUGUUCGUGGAGGGAAAAGGUGGACAGACACUUUAUGGAGUAGUUUAACUGCCGUCCACCUCUCCCCACCACAUCCUUUUGGUUUGUGUCUCAUCCUUUCUUUUGUUUGUUUUUUUGUUUUUGUUCUGAAUGUGCAGUUUUGUAAAGCAAAAUCGAGAUGCACUUUCUCGCAGCUCGUCCGUCUCCAGCGUACAUUCACCGUGAGUUUUUGCUCUCUGUUACACUAUUUCUACCCCCUCUCCUCCCCUUCCCCGUCUUCUCCCCCAUAUCCGCCUCCUUCUGCUCCCCCUCUCCUUUCCCCUCUCUCCAAUUCUGAACCCCCCUCUACCUCACCCCCAUCCACUUCCCCAUCUCUUCUUUCCCCUCCUCCUCCUAGCCUUCCGAUCCCUCUAUUCAUCACUCUCUCCAUCCUUGUGAUCCUCCCAGUCCUCCCAGAGUGUUGAGAUACGCUUGAAACUGGAGAACCCACUGGUGGCUCACUGGUGGCUCUCACUAUAGAGUGAGAUUUAACAUAAUAAUACGUGAGUGUAAAUGCAUGUGUGAAAAUGUGUGUGUAUGUGUGUGUGUGUGACUGAGUGUGUGUGUUGCUGAAUACUGAAUAUGUCAUUGUGCAUAGCGCCAGCUUUCGUCUGCACUGUGUUGACGCCUGAAGUGAUGAGAGUUUAACCUGAGCUUUAGAGUGAAUAAUUCCUAUAUAUAUAUUGAAUGUCUCUGAGCUCAGUCAAUUCCCAAGACACUUUGUCAGUUUUACAGCUUGUGUUUUUUGUGCCCCGGGGUUUCACUUCUUCAACACACUAUGAGUGAGGGCUAAACUAAAUAUAGUACAGUAGCCAAGUGGUAGUCUGCCAUACUAGACAAAUCAAAUAAAGUGAAACAUAGCAUUUUGUGGAUUUAACCUCUGACCUCUUUGAGAUUACAUGAAUUUGGCUUUGCUGCUUACCUGACACGUCUUGAUCAUUUGUUAGUAGCAACUCUUAUUUCUAAACAUUGUGGUGUGGUGCUGUUGUUGCUAGUCUGUGUGUGUGUGUGUGUGUGUGUAUGUUUCUUUCUUGUCCACUGUAAUCUCUCUCUUAUACCAAAAUCACAGCUUACAUGUCCGUUUGUCGCUGAUAUGUCUUAUUUGUCUAUGUCUUGCAUACUUGUCUGUCUGUCUAUUGCUUUUCUUGUCUGUCUUACUAUGCUGUCAUCUUUUAGGAGUUUGAUCUACUCCCCGUCGAGUCUUGAGGUACAGGUGACACAAAGGAUGCAACUUUACAUAAGUCUACACGUACAUUCAUACUGUACACACAGAUUCAAAAACAUCUAAAAUCAUGUGUACAUAGAAACCAUCAUUGAAAUGAUUCCUUCGGAUCAUGAUACGAUACGAUAUCCCGUGACAGGAGGAACAAAGGGUUACUUCCCUUGAAAUCUAUAUUUCCCUCCCAUCUUCAUAUUAAUUCACCAGAUUUUGGCCUUGGUGUUAAGGUCAUGUAAAACCUAGCCUUUGUCAAAAUCCAGCCCCAUUUGUCCUGUUCUGAAGCUUUGAACAUCCCACAGAGCACCAUUAAAUCCAUUAUUAAAAUAUUGAAAGAAUAUGGCACCACAACAAACCUGCCAAGAGAGGUUAAAGAAAAAAAUAAGCAAACACGCUUGGUGUUCGCCAAAAGGCAUGUGGGAGACUCCCCAAACAUAUGGAAGAAGGUACUCUGGUCAGAUGAGACUAAAAUUGAGCUUUUUGGCCAUCAAGAAAAAUGCUAUGUCUGGCGCAAACCCAACACCUCUCAUCACCCCGAGAACACCAUCCCCACAGUGAAGUAUGGUGGUGGCAGCAUCAUCUUGAGUGGCGCAGUGGUCUAAGGCACUGCAUCGCAGUGCUAACUGUGCCACUAGAGAUCCUGGUUCGAAUCCAGGCUCUGUCGCAGCCGGCCGCGACCGGGAGACUCAUGGGCGGCGCACAAUUGGCCCAGCGUCGUCCAGGGUAGAGGAGGGAAUGGCCGGCAGGGAUGUAGCUCAGUUGAUAGAGCAUGGCGUUUGCAACGCCAGGGUUGUGGGUUCGAUUCCCACGGGGGGCCAGUAUAAAAAGAUAUGUAUUCACUAACUGUAAGUCGCUCUGGAUAAGAGCGUCUGAUAAAUGACUAAAAUGUAAAAUGUAAAUGUAAUGUUUUUCAUCGGCAGGGACUGGGAAACUGGCGCUAAAUACAGGGAAUUCUUGAGGGAAACCUGUUUCAGUCUUCCAGAGAUUUGAGACUGGGACGGAGGUUCAUUUUCCAGCAGGACAAUGACCCUAAGCAUACUGCUAAAGCAACACUCGAGUGGUUUAAGGGGAAAGAUUUAAAUGUCUUGGAAUGGCCUAGUCAAAGCACAGACCUCAAUCCAAUUGAGAAUAUGUGGUAUGACUUAAAGAUUGCUGUACACCAGUGGAACCCAUCCAACUUGAAGGAGCUGGAGCAGUUUUUCCUUGAAGAAUGGGCUAAAAUCCCAGUGGCUAGAUGUGCCAAGCUUAUUGAGACAUACCCCAAGAGACUUGCAGCCGUAAUUGCUGCAAAAGGUGGCUCUACAAAGUAUUGACUUUGGGGGGGUGAAUAGUUAUGCACGCUCAAGUUUUCAGUUUUUUUGUCUUAUUUGUUGUUUGUUUCACAAGAAAAAAUAUUUUGCACCUUCAAAGUGGUAGGCAUGUUGUGUAAAUCAAAUGAUACAAACCACCAAAAAAGGCAACAAAAUAGGAAAAAUGCGAAGGGGGGUGAAUACUUUCGCAAGCCACUGUAGCUUACUAUUUAGAGAGUAAAGGAACUAGGAGGUCAACAUGUGAGGUAUUUUCAGCUGCUGGUGUGAUUGGGUGGAGAUUAAAGCUGGCUGCCUCCAUUAUGCAGGUCAGGACUGGCUGCUCACAAUACUGGAGAAUUGUCAUCCUCAACUGUUGCCAUCUACAGUACUAACUCAGAUGAAUCGAUGAAACAGAAAGCAUAUGCAAGGAGAAAAUGACAUCCCUAAUGCAACCCAUCACAUGUUCUCACAUGCCUUUUAGACCUCACAGAAAAGCAUCACUAUGGUAACUGUGGUCCCACAGGGAACCGUGGCGCUUCUGGUCCAAACAUGGCCAGGGGGCAUCCCAAAUGGCACCACCCUAUUCCAAAGUGCACUAUUUUUGACCAGGGCUCUCGUCAAAAGUAGUGCACUAUAUAGGGUGCCAUUUCAGAUGCAGCCCAUGGGUGAGCAUGUUUAAACCCAAGCAUGGUAAAUGACAAGUUUACUAUGGUGAGCAUUUACUAUGGCACGCCCUUUAUGAACUUGUCCAUUCCCUUUGUGAUUAUUCUGAAGAAGGCCAUAGAAGGCCGAAACGUCAAUCUUUUAAACUUGCCUAAUAAAACGACGUAUUUUUUAUGGUGAAGCGAGCGUUGCGCCUUUUCCUGUCCAAUGAUGUCUGCAAAUGUUUAGGUUGCACUUCUACUCAUGUUGGGUGAGCACCUUCUACUUCUUUCCACAUCCAUGAAGACCAUCUUGUGUCCCCAGCCAGCAAAGUCCCACUGUUGUUUGGACAGCAACUCAGACCAUAAUGGAGAAAUUAGAGAUUUGUUUUGUGUGCAAGUUGUGAAGCUUAGAUGCUCAUGGGUUGAUAGCAAAAGAUGGUUGUGCUAUGGAUGACAAUGUUUUCUUAAACACCAUUGACGCCAAAAUAGGAGAGCUACAGGUGAGCUGCUACUUUACUCUAACUAACACCAUGUAUCCCUCUCCCCCCUCAUCUCCCUUCCCCUCCCCUGUUCACCGGCCCUGCAGUAAGGAGCAGCAGAGAGCCAAUAAGAUGAUGUCGGUGUGGGAGCAGCGCACCAACCAGCUGCGCCGAAACAACCUGAGGGCCAGCUCCGAGGCUCUGUUCAACGAGCUGGACCCCGAGGAGCGCCUGCGUGUCUCCUCCGCCCUCCACUUGCGCCCCGACAUGAAGACCCACAACGACCGCCCACUAGUGAUGGAGCCAGGCAGCGGGGACAAACUCCGGCACCCCGAGGAGGUCAGAGACGGAGCAGACCCCCAGCAAGAGGGAGGAGACCCCCACAGCCCACAGCCCCGCAAGCACCACCAUCACCGGGAGAGAAACGGGGAGAAUGGUGAGAGCAGGCAUCACAUCCACCACAGCCGCAGUAGGGACCACGACCACCCAGAUGGGCCCCUGUCCAAAGAGGGCAAGGGGGAGAGGAGCCGUAGUCGAGAGGGGGGGCAGGGCCACAGGCACCAUCACCAGGCUGGAUCCCCAGAGGACGGGGUUGAUGGAGGGGGAAAGGAAAGGGAGGACCGCCCCCACCACUCCUACAGACAGGGGAACGGGGCCCUGGAUAACGGGGACAGAGGGGAGAGCAGGGGCCGGGGCCACAGGGAGGAGAACGGAGAGAGGAGGAAGCACCGCUCACGCAUGGUCAGGGCCCAGUCAACACUGGAUGGAGACAAAUGCAGAGAGAACGGAGAGAGAAAUGGAGACAGAGACCAAGGACACAGGUGAGACCAGUGCUGACUGACCAACACAUUCUCAAUGUGCUUUAAUUACCUCUUUUUACUAAGUCAUCACCGCAGAGCUUCACUGAUGUGCACUGGCUGUGUUUUGAAUGUUUUGCAGGGACAGGCAGACCGACUCUCAAGGGGAGAGCUUGCCCACCAGUCCUGUUCAGCCUCCUGCAGGUCUGCAGGCUGGAGAGAAGCAAGAGGAUGCUGACAACCAGAAGAACAGCCACAGAGCCAGCCAGGCAGGCCUGAACAGCAACACUGUCCACAUCCCUGUCACCAUCACCGCCCCGUCCAGAGAGACCGCCAUCAUACCCAGUCAGUACCCUAGUCUGUACCUAGUCAGUACCUAGUCUGUACCUAGUCUGUACCUUAGUCCAGGGGUUUUCAAACUUUUCUUGCCCAGGGACCACCGCCCAGGUAAACCAGCGACCCAGGGACCUCCAUCAUAUGUUAGCCAAAAAAAUUGUGAAUGAUAAUGGCAAGUAGAAGUAAUCAACAUUAGAUUAAAAUGAAUAGAUCUGAUAAACAGUUGCAUUAUUCUGACCUCUCCACAGUUCAUUGGAAGAGAAAGUGUGAACUCUAACAUAGUCUAUUAGCAAGAAAGGUAUCUUGGCGGCGUAGAGAAAGUGUUGCUGUUGUAAUGCAAAUUUUCUGCAAUUCUACACAUUUUCCCAUUGAACUUAGAGAACAUUUUGCAGUUUUGAAGCCAAUUUUCAGAAAUUCUACACACUUUGGCAUGGACCUGAGAGACAAUUUUGCCAUUUUUAAGCUAAUUUCCUGCAAUUCUAUACAUUUGCCAUGGCUAAUGCUGUGUUCCUCUGCUCAAACAGUAGAACAAAAUCAAUGGACAUGUGCCCCGAAUGCCUUUUUCUAAAAAAGAAAUGUUCGUUUUUUUGACUGUCUAGCUUUUAUUUGAUUAUUUGUUCUCAAAGAUGGUAUUAUGAAAAAAUAUAGUUCAUCAUCUUUUUUGCGUGCUUUCUAUCUGGUUUUGGUCGUUUAAGUUGACACUGAAAUAGUUUUUCCAUCCCGUAAAUUGCAACUUAAAACCCCCCAGUAAUUAGCUCCAAUGACUGUAAUUUCCUCCAUAUUAAAGGGAUAGUUCCCCAGAGUCGGAUGAACAGGAACAGCUUGCAUGCUAACUGUUCCUGUAUGCUUCCAAUCAUUGCACUAAGCCCAGUUAGCAUGGGCUAGUGCAACUACCUCUAACUUCCUUCAUGCUGGACACAGUGACAUAAAAAUGGUGACCAUGAUGGUAUUCUGUUGCAGCUAGUGAUAUUUAUAAAAUAAUUAUUUUUCACAUACAAAAAAAUCCCCACAACCCCUAGGGGGGCCGCGGACCCGAGUUUGAAAACCCCUGCCCUAGUCAGUGCCCCAGUCUGUACCCCAGUCUGUACCUAGUCAGUACCCCAGGCAGUACCCCAGGCAGUACCCUAGUUAGUACCCUAGUUAGUACCCUAGUCAGUACCCCAGUCUGUACCUCAGUCAGUACCCCAGUCUGUACCUCAGUCAGUACCCCAGGCAGUUCCCCAGUCCGUACCCCAGUCUGUACCCCAGUCCGUACCCCAGUCUGUACCCCAGUCCGUACCCUAGUCAGUUCCCCAGGCAGUUCCCCAGUCCGUACCCUAGUCAGUUCCCCACUGUGUUAUGUUCCUCUUAGCCAUAGGCUGGUGUAACAUCAGGUUAGUAUGACUGAUCAGCUGUGGGUUGGUUAUGUUGUAGUGGAGGCCUGUCAUGAGUUCUUUCUCUGAGUGUAAUCGCUCUCGCUCUCGCUCUGGCUCUCGCUCUCUGUCUGAUAGUGAAUAACAUAGACUGUGAGAGCCUCCCCCUGAACGAGGAGAAGAAGGACUUGGAGGAGGAGCUGAAGAACGGCCCCAAACACAUUCUCCCCUACAGCUCCAUGUUUGUGUUUGGACAGACCAACCUGUAAGUCAGGUCCUGAGACAGGGAACCUGUUGGCUCUAAUUUAUCUUGCUCAUAUUAUGUACAGUAUAACAAUGCUGUGAUUCUACCUAUAACACUACCUGUAAAUGCUGUAAGACUAGUCUGGGCAAUAACUGUUUCUGCAUUUCGAUAUUGAGUCCAACUCAGUAUUAUGUUAGCGUUUUGGGAGGGUAUGUUGAGUGCACUCAGUGAGAUGAUCUGUGCUGUACUGCUCAGGGUGCGUCGGCUGUGCCACUACGUGGUGAACCUGCGUUACUUUGAGAUGUGUAUCCUGUCAGUUAUCACCAUGAGCAGCAUAGCCCUGGCUGCAGAGGACCCUGUGCAGGCCAAUGCACCACGCAACAACGUGAGUCCUGCAAGAGUACACACCCACACGAGUACACACACACACACACACACACACACACACACUGGGCUGUUGGGUAUUUGGGUACAGAGGCCUGAGGAGCAGUCCCUACUAGCGCUAUAGGAAUUGCCUCCAAAUCCCACAACCCCCUCAGUCCGACUGACUGACUAGCUGAUUCAUUAGGCCUGAUUGAGCUGCCAGAAGCUUCUAGAAUUUCUGCUAAUAUCACCUGACAGUUAGACUGUAUGAGAGUGCUACAGAAACAAAAUUAGUAAUAACUAUGAGAUGAGUGCUGCUAAGGUGAUUGCCUGCUGUGUGUCUUGAGGAAGAGGAAAGAAGACAGGCUGUGUGACAUCUGACUGAACAUUCAAUACUUUCUCACCAUCAUAUUUCCUCUGUCCUCUUGCAGGUGCUCAAGUAUCUGGACUACAUCUUCACAGGAGUGUUCACCUUUGAGAUGGUGAUUAAGGUGAGAGGUCAUACUGGUGAAAUUGUUGGAAAUGGACAUACAACAGUUUCCUCAGUUUGAAUAGCACACACAGAGGGUACUCUCUUAGGUUGCAGCUAGAAAUAGCUCCACUACAAUGCUGCCUCAAGGUGGAAGGAAGAUAAUAAAUAUCUGGUUUCUUUUUAAGUACUGCUAGCAUGCAAAGCCACUGCGGUAGCAUUGGUAUUACAGUAUAUCCAAGAUCAGGGCUCCGUAUUGGAGUGGUAACAUUCACCCAUUUACAUUCAUAAUGUGGAUCAUCUUCCUCAUGACUUUAACUCUGUGUGUAGAUGAUAGACCUGGGACUGCUCCUCCAUCCUGGUUCUUACUUCCGCGACCUGUGGAACAUCCUGGACUUUAUUGUGGUCAGCGGAGCUCUGGUGGCGUUCGCUUGCUCGUGAGUACGGCUUUCCUAUGCCAGCUGUAGGUGGGGUUAAAGGGGCAAUCUGGGAUUCGAAAAACCAAACAGCAGUCACCUCACCACUUGUUUUGGUAAACAGCUGAGGAAUGAGGAAAGGAGAAAUUUAGAAACUUAAUUUAUAAGUCCAAAAAUGUAUGUACCAAUCCCAGAUUGCCUCCUUUAAAUUGAUUGCAGUAUUAUUACUGUUUCAAAUCCUGUUUCAGCCAACAGCACCUCUCCCCUACAUUGUGACCUCCACAGGUUCCCCCCUCACAGUCACACACUGACUCUCCCUGCUGGCGCACCUACAAACAUGCCAGUCUGAGUGGUGCUCUCACUCACCCACCAUAGCCCAAAACAUUCCCCCAAACCAACCUCUCCGUACAGCUCUCAGGGACUCCAAACCACCUUGCCUGUGGUUAUAUGCCGAAAUGGGUUGUUGCUCAAACUCUUCUUUUAACCGUUAAUCACCCCUCCCAUCUGUGUAAUAGGAUGUGUGUGAUUUGGUUAAUGAGUGUGCGGUUAAGCUGGGGGGGGGGAGGUGGGGGGGGCUUCCUCUUAGUGCUAAUAUUCAGCUGGUACUGAGAGGGAAUGUCAUCAGGUGCUUCUAUGGCAAGUAACACUCAGAGUCUCAGACAAGCACAAGUACACACACACACACACACACACACACACACACACACAAAGACAAUAAAGGGAGGUGAAAAACAGUCUUUUCAAGCAUGCCGACCAGUAAAAGGAAAUAGUAUUUUCUCUCCCACAACCAGCUCAGUCAGCUAUUUUGCACCCAGUGGUGUCAUUAUGGGGUUAAUGUGUAAUAACCUGUGAAGUAGCCAAUUGUACCACCUUUUUAUUGCUGUUGUGUCUAUCCUACUCUUCUCUCUGUAUAUUGAUGGUUUUCUGUGUCGCUGACUGUCUUUUUCUCCUUUCUUUAACUCUGUCCCUCCAUCUUUCUCUUUUGUGGCUUGGAUUGCUUUCAGGAGCUUCAUGGGGUAAUGCCUUUGUGAUUGCCUGCUUUUUCCCUGUCUUUGUCUUUUUUGCCUUUCUUGCCAGUUUGUCUGUUUCUCUUUCUGUCUCUGUCUGUCUCUCUGUCUGUCGCGCUCUGUCUCUCUGUCUGUCUCGCUCUGUCUCUCUGUCUGUCCAUCCGAGUCAGCAGAGCCUAUGCCCAGCAUGUAGCCAGCAGCCUCAUGCUCAUUUCUCAGUCCAUUUGCUUAAUUAGCCUGUAUGGCUUCGUAUCUAUAGAUUCACCCUCAUUAUAUUACUGUAGAUUAUUCGGUCACACCCUAUUUGGAUAGUGCCAUAUAGAUGAUCUACAGAUGGUAAUACUAUCAACAAACUAUCUGUUAGGGUUAGGUUUAGAAUAAGGGUUAGGGUAAGGGUUAAGAUUAGGGUUCAGUUUAGGGUUAAGGUUAGAUUAAGGGCUAGGGUUAGGUUUAGUGGAUGGUUAGUUGAAAUGUUGUUGACAGUUAUUGAACAUCUACUGAACAUCUACAAACCAACUAUCCAAAUAAAUUGUUACCUGUUAUUCUACCAUUUGCAUAUGUUCACUUAUUUACUCUUCCAUUGAAAAUUCACACAGACUCACCAUGGACAGGAUGUUUUUACAUGUAACAGUAGGUGCGUUUGAGAUGUGUGUGUGUGUGUGUGUGUGUGUGUGUGUGUGCCUGUUCUCUGUGUGCGUGUGUGAAUGGAUGUCUAUAUGUUCAUACCUCCGCGUGUGUGUAUGUGCACGUGUGUGAGUGUUUGCAUGCAUGCAUGUGUGUGGUAGUUGUUGUCCCAUAAUGUUGGCUCAGUAGGGUAUGUAUGUGUGUUCCUCUCCUGGUGCUGUGGGAUGUUGGGCUGCUGAUUGGGAGAUUAUCUGGAGGAUACACUUCCUCUCCCUAGCUGCUCACAUCACUGGCAGAUAGAUAGAUUUCGAUCUUAUCUCAUCGCUGCAACUCCCCAACGGGCUCGGGAGGCGAAGGUCGAGUCAUGGGUCCUCCGAAACAUGACCCGCCAAACCGCGCUUCUUAACACCUGCCCGCUUAACCCGGAACGCAGCCGCACCAAUGUGUCGGAGGAAACACUGUUCAACUGAUGACCGAGGUCAGCCUGCAGGUGCCCGGCCCACCACAAGGAGUCGCUAGAGCGCGAUGAGCCAAGUAAAGCCCCCCACGGCCAAACCCUCCCCUAACCCAGACAACGCUGGGCAAAUUAUGCGCCGCCCUAUGGGACUCCAGAUCACGGCCGGUUGUGAUACAGUCCGGGAACGAACCCAGGUCUGUAGUGACGCCUCUAGCACUGCGAUUCAGUGCCUUAGACCGCUGCAUCACUCGGGAGGCCCUUGAAAAUCAUGUCUUGUCCUCCUUGAUGCCAUCUCACUGGAAAAACCUCCAGUCCCAAAUGGCACCCCAUUUACCUAUGUGUGCACUUAUUUUGGCCAGGGCCCAUAUGGCUCAGGUCAAAAAAAAAUGCACUAUGUAGGGAAUAGGGUGUAAUUUGGAACUCAGCGUGGGUCUUCUUGUCAGAAACAGAAGAUGGACAGCUAAAUCUGUCCUUUUACUAUUUUUUCAGUAUGUUAGGUUUCUGCUCUUUUUUGCUCUUCACUUGAACUUAGUAAAGUCCUUCCGUGUGCUUGUCAUGAUCUGUUUCUGCUGUGUUUUGAUGUUCUUAUGAAGUCUUAAGGCUAACUAGCACCGCUGUAUCGCCAUGCCUGUUCAACAGUAUUAUUAUUAUUAUUAUUGGCUUAAAGUGUUUCUUUUGAUCAGUGUUUCUGUAUAUUUCUGCCUUUUUCUUUGUCUCUACGAAGCAGCCAUAAUUUCUUAUGUGCUUUGUGUUUGUUCGAUGUGAUUCGUGACGUGUGUUUGUUUGAGUGUGUCCUGUUUAUCAUUGCUUUUCUUCAUCAGAUCGCAACAAAGCGUGGCCAGGUGGGGACCUACCCUCUCUCUAUCAUUGACCCCUGACCCCAAAAACAUUCCCCUAUCAACCUCCUCCAUCGCGUUCCAAUGCUCUCACUCUCUCUGCUGCACCGGGCGGGAUACCCAUUCCACCUAUUACUCUCUCAGUGAACCAAGCCCAGUCCCAAUGAGGAACCAUUGGAGACUCUUCCCGGUAGCUUUCAGAAGACAAUCACUGAUCAGAUUCAACUCUGUCUCUUGUUGCCAUUGUGUGCCGACAUGCCAAAGUAAAGGACAGUUGUACAAUGCCAACAUUUACAGUUGGAAUUAGACUUACAGUAUAUCAAAUCAAUAUUCAUAUGUUUAUACUGUGCAUAGUUACAAACAUACUGUGUCAUCAGAAAGUCACAAUUCACAUACAAACAUCCUUAAUGAGCAUAAUCUUAAAUAGUGAAGGAGUUAGUGAGAAGGGCAGAUCAGGGAGAGUGAAUCAUGUUUCUGGGUGGAAACAACAGAGAGAGCAGAAGGUUGAGAGUAAUGCUCAUGUUCUACUGGGAGGCAGAUUAUUGGAAGACAGAUCUCCCAUCUGUAAACAGGAAAUGAUGUGCGCUCUCUCUCGGAAAGGGGCAGCCAAUAAGGCUGUAGUCAUGGUGACCGAGUAUAACCUCCUCGCGUCUGGCUGCUGCAGUUGCACACACAAGGCAUAUCAGGGCUGAUCUGAGCUACUUAAUGUGAACACACACACACACAUCCAUCCUUCCUGCCCACGGCUCUUCUGAAAGCUAUUGGUGAACGGUUCACUCGCCAUCUAGAUGUGUUGAGACCCUGGAUUGACGCGGGCGGGGGUUGACUUACCAGAUUGCAUGCCAGGGUAACCAGAUCUUCAGAGCAUGACUGUUGCAUGCAAGUGUAUUAGACCUAAAGCUCCCAUUGGGUAAAAAAAAGUAAACACGCCCAUUCUGUGUGGAACCAUGAUUCUGUUUUCUCUCGUUACUAAGGUAGUUGUGUCCACUGAAUACAAGUAGACUAACUCAUUAUGGGUUCAGUCCUUGAGAUGGGUGCAGAAUACAUACUGUAUAGCUCCAGUUUACAUGCCAAUCUUCCGUUGACGGCAGUGUGUAAUUUAUUCCAAAGUAUGAGGUGUGUACUUCCGUUCAGUAUGCACCUCAAGUCAUGAUUCCAAACUGUAUAGUGCAGUACAUUGCACAGUGCUCCACUGAGAGUGGAAAGGCAUGGUUACUCUCUCAUCCCCUCUAGCAGAAUCAUGGACGGGUUACAACUUCCAGUAGUCAGUUCUUCUUUGGAGCCACUUAGUCCUCCUCCACUGGCUGUCUGGGCCUUAUUUCACACUGAGUUUAGAAGCUCCAGCUUCAUCCAUAUUGAUGGACAGAGAGGACUGACUGAUUUCUGCCUGAGUGAGCGGAGAGAGAGGAGGAGGGAGAGCGGGAAAGAGGGGGGAGAGAUGCACCCUAGAGAGCUCUCUACAGAUGAGUGUGGAGCCGCAGGCCUUAUCAACCUGCCGAGGAGCUAUGACCAUACACACACACACACACACACACUAGACAUGCUCACACACACGCUCAAACACACACACAAGCUCACACACACACAAUAAAGUAUGUAAACUUAUAAUAAACACACAAACAGAAUAUACCAUGGUGAGAGUAAUGGACUGGUAGAUUAUUGUAUUGACGCCACACUCACUGUUUUUGACCAAUCCUUCUGGCUCCUGAGGAUGGUACUGUAUAUUGUCGCUAACAGGUUCUAAAUUAUUGUAACCCGCAACUGUAGCAAGAGCAGCGCCAAUGGCUAGGACAGAAGUGGUUCCUGCAAAGAAGCUUGUCCCUGACUCAGGGCUUGUUUCUUUGUAUAUUUUUCUACCACUGUGUAUGUCUGUGUUAUUCUACAGAAAUACCAGUGGAUAGUGUAUUGUAGUCCUUUGUCCUAUUAUGUGAAUGCUCCCUGUAUAGAAACACUUUGGAAUUGCUCUUAAAAUGUGAUUCAAUAGUCCUAUUGCCGUGUGUAGGUAUGUUUCUGUAGAAUAACCCAUCCACUCACAUGCAUGUACUCUACCAACUAUUGUACUCUAUUGUACUCUACUAACUAUACUGUACUCUACCAACUCUAUUGUACUAUACUAACUCUAUUGUACUCUACUAUACUCUACUAUACUCUACUAACUCUAUUGUACUCUACUGUACUCUACUAACUCUAUUGUACUGUACUCGACUAACUGCUGAGUAUACCUUACUAGAACUUGUAACUGCACGGAUGGAGGGAUAUUUGGUUUAUACAUGUGUGGAGGGAGAGAGUUUAGUGAAAACUGUGUGUGUGUGUCAGUGGAGGCUGGUGGGGGGAGCUUUAGGAGGACGGGCUCAUUGUAAUGGUUGGAAUGGAAUAACUGGAACGGUAUCAAACACAUGGAAACCACAUGUUUGACUCUGUACCAUUUAUUCCAUUCCAACAAUGAGCCCAUGCUCCUAUAGCUCCUCCCACCAACCUUCUCUGGGGUGUGUGUGUGUGUGUGACAGAACAGAAGGUACGGUAGUGGUGAGAGCCUGUGGGCCACAGCAGAAUGCCCAUUUUCCUUUUGUUUUGUCUCUAGUCACUAACUGCAGUCUUGCUCUGUGCAGGGGAACUAAAGGCAAGGACAUCAACACCAUCAAGUCUCUCAGGGUGCUGCGAGUUCUAAGGCCUCUGAAGACCAUCAAACGACUGCCAAAACUCAAGGUAGCUACACCUGUCACCUGUUAACUCCACCAUGACCUGUUACAAGUCAAACAAACAUAUACGGAUGCACUCACGAACGUACAUACACACACACACACAGAAAUUGCAGCAGCAGCCAGUGGAUUAAGAUCUCCCAAGUGAUUGUAUGAGAUAUAAGCUAAUAAGCUAAUCACAUCAGUGGGAGAGAAGAGGUGGGCGUGAUGUAAUGACUGAUAUCCCAAGUGUCUAUCUUCGUAUACCAGUUUAUCAUCCUCUGCCCGGUGACAAAUGAGAAAAAUGCAAAUAUGUCUCACUCUUAUCAGGACCCCAGCUCCGAUCUUGUCUCACAAAGACUAGACCAAAGUAAUUGAUGUGUGGAAGGUAGUUGAUCAGACCAAAUAGCAGCCUAUCCUGUUAAAGUAAUUGAUGGGAUGAUUGAGAUAGAUCAGGGCUGGCAGGGAGGUAAGACCUACUACUCCCUAGCUCUGGUCCAGGGCGCUACAUGCUGCUUGCUGAGGCUGAAGGCUCAGCGUCAGCAAGCUGCACAUAACGCACUGGACCAGAGCUAACCACUCUUAUACAGUUAGAUACCUGGACUGAGUGACAUGAGUGACAUGUUGUCUUUAGAAGGUAAAAAUACCUUACAUCAGGGAGCAGCUCUGUGAUUUACUGUCUCAUUCAUCCCUGCUGAUACAUAUUCAUUGGGCAGAUUGCAUACAUGCCAUGACAGGUAGACACAGUCAUUCAAACCACAAACUGAUCAACAGAGUGCUGCGUAGAGACUGUGUGUGUGUGUGUAUGUGUGCAGAUGGGUGUUCACAUGCAUGCCAAUGAGUUUGCGUGAUUGUGUGUAUGUGUUUGUGUGUGGCUGUAUUGAUGUGUAUGUGUGUGUCCCCUUCAGGCUGUGUUUGACUGCGUGGUGAACUCUCUGAAGAACGUGCUCAACAUCCUCAUCGUCUACAUGCUCUUUAUGUUCAUCUUCGCUGUGAUCGCCGUGCAGCUGUUCAAGGGCAAGUUCUUCUACUGCACCGACGAGUCUAAAGGUCUGGAGAAGGACUGCAGGUACACUACACACUCACAGUAUUGACACUGACUGGUAUUGGAUAUGCUCUUACAAAAAAGAAACAUGACAAAGUCUUGUGUGAACAAAUCACCUGAAAAAUGUCAUGUGAAUAUAUAUUUUUAAAUAUAUAUGUAUAUAUAUAUAUAUAUAUAUAUAUAUAUAUAUAUUUUUUUUUUAUUUUUAUUUACAUGAGUCAGACACGUGAAGUUUCACAUGUGAAUAUUUCAUGUGUUUUCCCCUCAUGUGCGAUUCAUUUUUCACCUGUUUAUUUUUCACAACUUCCAGCUACAUCUGGUCUCCCAUCCAGGGAGACACUGCUUAGCUUCAGAGGCAUGCAACCACUCUCAAAUCCAUAGACUACGUUAUAGAUGCAAGGACUGACCAUCCAUGAUAUCAACAUUGUAGUGUUUUUAGGCUAUACAAUGGUUGUUUACAUUUACUUUGUUUACAAACAUUGGAGUAAAACAAGCGUAUAUUUUGUGUGCUGAUGGGGUACGACAGUUAAACUAAGCUCAUGAGACAUUUGUACGUUAUAUUCUUCAAGAAUCAAUGGAUUCAUGUGAUUCAUUUAUAAGUCCAAAAAUAUAUGUAGCAACUAAGGAUUGCCCCUUUAACAGCCAGUGACCUUCAUACAGCAGAACUAUGUCGCCAUUUGAACGUGAUCCAUUAACCUGCCCCCAACAUUUUUAUUCUGUCCAUUGUUCCGCGAAUGUCCCGCAAAAUCUUUCCCCUGUCUCGCAUUUGGGCUUUUUAGAUGUGGUCACCUUAAUUCCACCAGUGGAAUUAUAGCUACUGCAAAAUGUUAACACCAUCUUUUCACAUGUCAAGUUUUUUGUUGUUGUAAGGGUGAACAUAGCUCAUGCCAAUUUACCUACAAGAUAAUAAUAUGAUACUGUGCUACUCUCUUUCUCUGUUUCUUUCUGUCUGUCUUUCUCCUCUCUCUCCCCCUCUCUCUCUCUCCAUCGUUCAUCAGGGGUAAGUUUCUGGACUAUGACCGUGAUGAAGUGGCGGCCCAGGAUCGUGAGUGGAGGAAGUAUGAGUUCCAUUAUGACAACGUGCUGUGGGCCUUCCUCACCCUCUUCACCGUUUCCACCGGGGAGGGCUGGCCAAUGUGAGUAGCCUUGGUUGUGAGUGUGGUCCUCUGUAGCUCAGCUGGUAGAGCACGGCGCUUGUAACGCCAAGGUAGUGGGUUCGAUCCCCGGGACCACCCAUACACAAAAAAAAAAAUGUAUGCACGCAUGACUGUAAGUCGCUUUGGAUAAAAGCGUCUGCUAAAUGGCAUAUUAUUAUAUUAUUAUUAUUAUAUAGUAGCCCACACCAGCCAAUCAGCUGCAGAGAGAAGCUCAGGCCAGCCAAUUACCAGUAAGGACCUAGUCACAUAACCACAGGCUAGCCAAUCACUGGUAAUGAGCUACUCACAUAACCACAGACUAGCUAACCAAUCAACUGCAAAGAGAAAUACAGGCCAGCCAAUCACCUACACAUCACCUAUUCACAUAACCACCAGCUAGCCAAUCAGCUUCCCGGAUAAUCCCAGGCAGACGAGAGGGUUCCUGUCGGGUCCAUUGACCCCUAUUUAAUGUACACAGUGUCCUUUACAAGACGAGCAUCCCAUUUGACAUCCAUUCCAAAGGCCAAAGUGCCAAUGAUGUGGGGAAAAUAAAUGCUCUCGGGGUGAGGCUAGGUAGGGUGAAAUCCAGUGGGAGAGGUGUGUGUGUGUACGUGUUGUACAAGCGAGCAUCAUUUCAUCAUUCAAGGCAUACGCUGUCCAAUGAGUGGGUCAUAAAUAACAUGCUAAUGGUUGAUGGCAUGUAGUGAAAUCCUGGAAGGGUUGUGGUUUGAGGUACACACAGUGCGUAAUGUCAGGAAUAGUAGCGUAGUCAGUGAGAUGUCCCUCAUCAUUAGCACUAAUUUAUGGCAUGUAGAACCUGACUAGGGUUGGAGUUGAGGACACCACAGUGUGUAAAUGCUCUCUAGCUAGAGAUGAUAGAUUAGCUCGUAGAUGUCAAUCUACUAGAGAGAUGGCAUAGAGAUAGAGUAGAGAGAGAGAGAGAGAGAGAGAGAGAGAGGUAGAUGAGGAUGAGAGGAGAGAGAGAGAGAGGAGAGCAGAGAGAUGAAGACGAUAGCAGAGAGAUCUAGCAAUCUCUCUCUUCUACUCUCUCUCUCUCUCUCUCUCUUCUCUCGUCUCUCUCUCUCUCUCUCGUCUCGUCUCUCUCUGCUCUCUCUCUCUCUCUCUCUCUCUCUCUCUCUCUCUCUCUCUCUCUCGCCACAUCUCCUUCCUCAAGGAAAACAUUACCCCAAAUACAUGGUUUAACAAGGGCUACACGAUAUCAUGUAAAAAGAGCAAACUAGCCGUUAGAUUAAUCUUUAAAUCAAAAUGGCUCUGUUCCCUGUGACCCAGUGAAUAGGGCUUGAGAAGGAAUGUCACAGCUCUUCUUGGUAUUCUCAGAAAUGAAGAUGUCAGAAUAUCUUCUAAACAUCAGUGUUUUUAGUUUUAUUUACACAUAUUUACUGCUCAUCUGUUUUAAUCAUAUUCGAACAACACUGUACUCAGUUAUGGGAGAUGACAGAUGAAUAUUGAACAUGUUUUGUUCCAGUAAAUGUAUGGCUUUUUUUCCCCACAGCCUGCUUGUACAGCACAUAUUCUUCUGUGCCCUCCCUGCCAUGGCUGCCAUAGUGCUUUAUGUAUAGACUAAAACAAUUAAGCUAGUUAGGAUAGGAUUAUUGUCUCCUGGGGGGAAAUUGUCUUGGUCACACAAUACUGCUGUAUACAAAAAAACUAUUACACACUUAGCAUAAAUCAAAUCAAAUCAAAUUGUAUUGGCCACAUGCGCCGAAUACAACAGGUGUAGACAUUACAGUGAAAUGCUUACUUACAGCCCUUAACCAACAAUGCAUUUAUUUUUUAAUAAAAAAAAGUAAAAUAAAACAACAACAAAAAAGUGUUGAGAAAAAAAGAGCAGAAGUAAAAUAAAAUAACAGUAGGGAGGCUAUAUAUACAGGGGGAUACCGGUGCAGAGUCAAUGUGCGGGGGCACCGGCUAGUUGAGGUAGUUGAGGUAAUGUGUACAUGUGGGUAGAGUUAAAGUGACUAUGCAUAAAUAAUUAACAGAGUAGCAGCAGCGUAAAAAGAUGGGGUGGGGGUGGCAGGGGCAGUGCAAAUAGUUUGGGUAGCCAUGAUUAGCUGUUCAGGAGUGGCUUGGGGGUAGAAGCUGUUGAGAAGUCUUUUGGACCUAGACUUGGCACUCCGGUACCGCUUGCCAUGCGGUAGCAGAGAGAACAGUCUAUGACUAGGGUGGCUGGAGUCUUUGACAAUUUUGAGGGCCUUCCUCUGACACCGCCUGGUAUAGAGGUCCUGGAUGGCAGGAAGCUUGGCCCCAGUGAUAUACUGGGCCGUACACACUACCCUCUGUAGUGCCUUGCGGUCGGAGGCCGAGCAGUUGCCAUACCAGGCGGUGAUGCAACCAGUCAGGAUGCUCUCGAUGGAGCAGCUGUAUAAUUUUUUGAGGAUCUGAGGACCCAUGCCAAAUCUUUUCAGGCUCCUGAGGGGGAAUAGGCUUUGUCGUGCCCUCUUCACGACUGUCUUGGUGUGUUUGGACCAUGAUAGUUUGUUGGUGAUGUGGACACCAAGGAACUUGAAGCCCUCAACCUGUUCCACUACAGCCCCGUCGAUGAGAAUGGGGGCGUGCUCAGUCCUCUUUUUUUCCCUGUAGUCCACAAUCAUCUCCUUUGUCUUGGUCACGUUGAGGGAGAGGUUGUUAUCCUGGCACCACACGGCCAGGUCUCUGACCUCCUCCCUAUAGGCUGUCUCAUCGUUGUCGGUGAUCAGGCCUACCACUGUUGUGUCGUCAGCAAACUUAAUGAUGGUGUUGGAAUCGUGCCUGGCCAUGCAGUCAUGGGUGAACAGGGAGUACAGGAGGGGACUGAGCACGCACACCUGAGGGGCCCCCGUGUUGAGGAUCAGUGUGGCAGAUGUGUUGUUACCUACCCUUACCACCUGGGGGGCGGCCCAUCAGGAAGUCCAGGAUCCAGUUGCAGAGGGAGGUGUUUAGUCCCAGGAUCCUUAGCUUAGUGAUGAGCUUUGAGGGCACUAUGGUGUUGAAUGCUGAGCUGUAGUCAAUGAAUAGCAUUCUCACGUAGGUGUUCCUCUUGUCCAGGUGGGAAAGGGCAGUGUGGAGUGCAAUAGAGAUUGCAUAAUCUGUGGAUCUGUUGGGGCGGUAUGCAAAUUCGAGUGGGUCUAGGGUUUCUGGGAUAAUGGUGUUGAUGUGAGCCAUGACCAGCCUUUCAAAGCACUUCAUGGCUACAGACGUGAGUGCUACGGGUCGGUAGUCAUUUAGGCAGGUUAUCUUACUGUCCUUUGGCACGGGGACUAUGGUGGUCUGCUUGAAACAUGUUGGUAUUACAGACUCAGUCAGUGAAGACUCUUGCCAGUUAGUCAGCACAUGCUCAGAGUACACGUCCUGGUAAUCCGUCUGGCCCUGCGGCCUUGUGAAUGUUGACCUGCUUAAAAGUCUUACUCACAUUGGCUACGGAGAGCGUGAUCACAUAGUCAUCCGGAACAGCUGGUGCUCUCAUGCAUGCUUCAGUGUUGCUUGCCUCGAAGCGAGCAUAAAAGUGGUUUAGCUCAUCUGGAAGUCUUGUGUCACUGUGCAGCUUGCGGCUGUGCUUCCCUUUGUAGUCUGUAAUAGUUUUCAAGCCCUGCCACAUCUGACGAGCAUCAGAGCUGGUGUAGUACGUUUCAAUCUUAGUCCUGUACUGACUCUUUGCCUGUUUGAUGGUUCGUCGGAGGGCAUAGCGGGAUUACUUAUAAGCGUCCGGGUUAGAGUCCCGCUCCUUGGAAGCGGCAGCUCUACCUUUUAGCUCAGUGCGGAUGUUGCCUGUCAUCCAUGGCUUCUGGUUGGGGUAUGUACGUACGGUCACUGUGGGGACGACGUCAUCGAUGCACUUAUUGAUGAAGCCAGUGACUGAUGUGGUGUACUCCUAAAUGCUAUCUGAAGAAUCCCGGAACAUGUUCCAGUCUGUGCUAGCAAAACAGUCCUGUAGCUUAGCAUCUGCGUCAUCUGACCACUUUUUUAUUAACUGAGUCACUGGUGCUUCCUGCUUUAGUUUUUGCUUAUAAGCAGGAAUCAGGAGGAUAGAGUUAUGGUCAGAUUUGUCAAAUGGAGGGCGAGGGAGAGCUUUGUAUGCGUCUCUGUGUGUGGAGUAAAGGUGGUCUAGAGUUUUUUUUCCUCUGGUUGCACAUUUAACAUUCUGGUAGAAAUUAUGUAGAACUGAUUUAAGUUUCCCUGCAUUAAAGUCCCCGGCCACUAGGAGCGCUGCCUCUGGAUGAGCAUUUUCCUGUUCACUUAUGGCCUUAUACAGCUCAUUCAGUGCAAUCUUAAUGCCAGCAUUGGUUUGUGGUGGUAAAUAGACAGCUAUGAAAAAUAUAGAUGAAAACUAUCUUGGUAAAUAGUGUGGUCUACAGCUUAUCAUAAGAUACUCUACCUCAGGCGAGCAAAACCUUGAGACUUCCUUAGUAUUUGAUUUUGUGCACCAUCUGUUGUUUACAAAUAUACACAGACCGCCACCCCUUGUCUUACCGGAGUCAGCCGUUCUAUCCUGCCGAUGUAGCGUAUAGCCCGCUAGCUGUAUGUUGUCCAUGUCGUCGUUCAGCCACGACUCGGUGAAACAUAAUAUAUUACAGUUUUUAAUGUCCCGUUGGUAGGAUAACCGUAAUCUUAGGUCAUCUAAUUUAUUGAACAUUGGCUAAUAGGAUUGAUGGAAAAGGCAGUUUACUCGCUCACCGUCGGAUCCUUACAAGGCAUCCCGACCUACGUCCACGAUAUCUCCGUCUCUUUCUCAUGCGAAUGACGGGGAUUUGGGCCUUGUCGGGUGUCUGUAGGAUAUCCUUCGCGUCCGACUUGUUGAAGAAAAAAUCGGCGUUCAAUACGAGGUGAGUAAUCGCUGUCCUGAUAUCCAGAAGCUCUUUUUGGUUAUAAGAGACGAUGGCAGAAAUAUUAUGUACAGAAUAAAUUACAAAUAACGCCGAAAAACACACAUAAUAGUACAAUUGGUUAGAGGGCUGUACAUAAUAGUUGCAUGUUUGUCUUCUUAGUUUAGUGUCAUUGGCCUUGCCUCAUGUUUGUGUAGCUUCGGGUGAUGUUUCCUCUAGGUACAGAUCUAGGAUCAGCUUGCCCUACCCAAAUCCUUACUUCAACCAUAGUGGGAAAAAUACAAAACUGACCCAAGGUCAGCCACUAGGGGCAAAUUCACCCUCCUGUUCACCUGUUUUCUCCAGGGUCCUAAAGCAUUCUGUGGAUGCCACCUAUGAGGACGAGGGUCCCAGCCCAGGCUUCCGUAUGGAGACCUCUAUCUUCUAUGUGGUCUACUUUGUGGUCUUUCCCUUCUUCUUCGUCAACAUCUUCGUGGCUUUGAUCAUCAUCACCUUCCAGGAGCAGGGAGACAAGGCCAUGUCAGAGUGUAGUCUGGAGAAGAACGAGGUACACAAACACACACACACACAUACACGCACGCACGCAGGCACACACAACACAACACACACACCUUCCACGAGCCGGGAGACAAGACCGUGUCAGGUUGUAGACUGGAGAAGAACAAGGCACAGUAUGCUGUUUGAACACACGCUGGACCACAGAGAGAGAUAUACACACACGUACACAGAGAGACACACACAUACACAAGCAGAGAGGAAAACACACAUACACACACAGAGAACAGACACACUCUCACCUAGUUGCCUAGCACCCAGUAGGAGGUAACUCACUUUUUGUUGAGACGUGCACAGACCGUUAUUAAUAGAAGGCAAAGUCAUUUCUGCCUCUCCUCUGUUGAAACCGGCCCAGUGUUAGAUAUCUCAAUACUUUUCAGAGCACCUGUGGAUAUAUUUCAGUUGAUUUCCUUGCUAGACUGUUGUUUCCCUCAAAAGGCGUCAACACAAAAGAACAGCAACCCUCAGGAGGAGCAACCAGCCCAGUCUAUCCAGCUGUAUCUCUAUUUCCUACAUCACUGAGUUUCACUGGCUAUGUCUCAAAUGGCACCCUAUUCCCUUUUAUGGUGCACUACUUUUUACCAGAGCCCUAUGGGCUCAAAAGCAGUACACUAUAUAGGGAAUAGAGUGCCAUUUGGGACGCAGCAUUUGUGUUUCUUGUCUGUAAACUGCUUUUGCAGCCUUGUCUCGGGAUAUUAAACACUCCUGGAAACUGUUGUGUUGCCAGCACUUAUCGGACGUUAGUUCAGCCUUCGAUCUUUUUCAUUUGAUUGUACAAUGGUCCUUUUUUAUGUUGAUAAUCAGUGUUUGAACAAUAUCAGAUCUGAUUAGGGAGAUGAGUGAGUGAGUUUCACAAACUCUUACAAUCUAAUAGUUUUUUAUGCACUUUGUUCCCCCCCUCACUCCCUCCCACCUUUCUUUCUUUCUUUCGUUCUUUUUUUCUUUCUUUCUUUCUUUCUUUCUUUCUUUCUUUCUUUCUUUCUUUCUUUCUUUCUUUCUUUCUUUCUUUCUUUCUUUCUUUCUUUCUUUCUUUCUUUCUUUCUUUCUUUCUUUCUUUCUUUCUUUCUUCCCCUCCCCCUCCUCCAACACAGAGAGCUUGUAUCGACUUUGCCAUCAACGCCAAGCCUCUGACGCGCUACAUGCCGGCAGACAAGCAGUCGUUCCAGUAUAAGAUGUGGCAGUUUGUGGUGUCGCCGCCCUUUGAGUACUCCAUCAUGACCAUGAUCGCACUCAACACUGUGGUGCUGAUGAUGAAGGUCAGUGAUGCUUCCCACACACCAGGGGCGCUGUGACAUAUUGCAUGUGUCCAUUGUAGAAACAAUGGUCGCGUUCCAGGCUGACUACAUUGUAGACGCAUGCCAUAUCUCAGAAUGACUGGAUAACUAUACACAUAAUAGCAAUUGGAUGCCCCACUGCACAGUCAAUAAUGUGGCACACAACCAUUGGUUGAUGCAACUUUAUCGUCUGCUAUGAAGUCAGCCUGGAACACAACCUAUAACUGGAUAUAAGCAUAGCAAGUUGCCCUUGAUCACUGACGCAGGGUCAGAUCGUUUGUCAUAACUCUAACUCUAAUGAAUGAUUUGGGGGUUGGGAAAUCUGAUCCUAGAUCUGUUGUAAGGGGACAUUUUUACCUUGAGCGGGAUAACUUUGGGAGAGUGUUUUGGCACAGGUAAUCAGUAUAAUUUGGAUGGAUACAUUGAACUUAUUCGUUGUUGAUGUACAAGCUAGUUUUGAGAGCAGCCUCUCUGUUGCUAAUGCCCUUAACCACAUGGCUGAGCCAUCUGGCUUAUCUGCAGGUAUAGACCUGUACAUGUCUGUCAGACUGAGGGAUAGGGCUGUUGCGGUGACCAUAUUACCGCCAAACCGGCAGUCAUGAAUCAUGACCACAGUAAAAAUCCACAUGACUGUUGAGUCACGGUAAUCUCCUUUUAAGCACUCUGGACAUACCCAACUUGCUAACGACUGACAGGUCCUAAUGGCCUGGUAGUCAGGGCACUAUUGUCCCUCUAACCAUUCUGACGCCAAUGCAAAUGCAAUCAAAAAUAAUAAACACUUUUCAUCAAAACAGUAUUGUGCUUUUACCUCACCUCACUGUGAUGAUCAAUUUGAAGAAAGAAGUUCAACAACAGGUUGAAACUGAGUGUAAAACAUGGUCGUUGUGGAUGUUGUUUCAAAGACUAACACAAAGAAAUGGGCAGCACUUUCUAAGGUGAUGAUUAAUUCAAAACACCCAAAAACAUAUAAGAGCUUAUGCAUAGGCUUAUGAGCCCAAGCCUAAAAAUAAAUCUGAAUUAAAAUGAUGAUUGUGCCGUUAUACCGCAUAGCCUACCGCAUAUUACCCAUGGCAGAAAAACAUCAAACGUUUAAAGAUGUCUUGGGUACAUAAUUGGUCUAGCCUAUACUCCAAAAUUAAACAAAUCUGAGUAAUCGCCUUUUGAGUGUGAACUGUAUUAUUAUGCAUACUGGAUGGACUGGUUACCUUAUGUUAUGCUCCAAAAUGUCUAUCCAUGAUUCUGGGAGAGAGCCCUAGGCGAUGCUGUUGGUUCAUUGAUUGUGCAGGGCAGCUUACAGGUAGCCUACAAUUAUAGUGAAUUUGUAUUUGAUUUUGAAGAGCCAAGUAAUAGGGAAUUUCUUAUAUUUUCAUAAUUAAUUUGGUGGCACAUUAUCUUUAGCUAUACAGAAUAUCUCACCACUAUGCGUUUCCAUCUCCUCCUCUCUCUCCUUUAUUCCUUUCUCGAGCGUGCAGACGGGCUGUCAACAGUUUUGUGAAAUAUGUUUUGUUGCGAAAACAUGUUACUGUUGAUGUUCCCGAACAGAUUUCAUUCACUUGGUUUCCCAAAUUAAGCAAUUGGUAGCUGCAGGAACGAGGUUGGAGAGCAGCGAGUACAUGCUCCUCAAACAGUGGUUGAUGCAUGAAGUGAAAUAAGUGUUGUUAUAUCUACUCAUAUUAAGUACAGCUCCACUAUAAAACCGAAGUAGCCUACCGGACCGGCGGGGAAAGCGCGAGGCCUCCAUUCGCUAUUCGAGUGCAUACAGAUUACAUAUCUUUUUUCCGCUGCCCCUGUUCCUGCCCAUUUUAUAAUGGGCCAUUCUAAAUCAAAACUAAUUUUACAUAGUAAAGAGAAGAUUAAAUUGAGAAUAGUCUGAUGGGUGAAAAUAUGAUCACUUGAUGAGAGAACAGCUGUGCAGCCUGAGGCAAGGAACAUAUAAUCAAUAGCCUAUUGUCGCACCAUGCAGCCCAUAUAUGUUUUGCUUUCUAAGACAUUCUAAGGUUUGUAACAUUCAAAACCAAAGUUGCCAAAUAACUAAAAAUCUAACAUAUAGGACCUUUUUUCAAAUUAUCACUUUUACUCACAACUUCAUAUGUGCACUCGCUCCAGAAUGGGAAAAAUAUCCUUUCUAUUUUAUUCAGCUAAGUUCAAUUAUAUUCUUCUUACUAUAAAAUCAUAUAAUAUAAAAUAAUGGCACGGAACUUAUAAGCAUAUCUUGUCAGCUAAAGGAACAAGCCUACAGCCUAUGGCAUGGAGCAUAGCCAGAUAACAUACAGUAGGCCAACUCAUAUUCUGUUCUUCUGAAAUAUUUUCUUCAAAUAAUAAUGUUUCUUUAGACCUGACUAAAAUAAAUAAUGGAUUUAUUGUGAUGGUGUAUAUUAAAUUGAUUUAUUAUAAUUUAUAUAUAUAUAUUUUUUUAAUGUAGAUAUUCCAAAAGAACGCAUCAGCAGUUUGUAUGCAGCUGGUAUGCGUGGAGGUCUGGCGAUACUAAACGUGUUUGUUAAUUACCGGUCAAUUAAUCAGGGACAGUGUUAUACACAAAGACGCACAUGCGCGCGCACACACACACACACACACACACACACACACACACACACACACACACACACACACUCUCCUGUAAGUCGCUCUGGAUAAGAGCGUCUGCUAAAUGACUAAAAUGUAAAUGUAUGUAAAUGUGUGACAGAUAGAGACAGAAAGAUGAAGAAAGAGGGGAAGGAUAACUUUAACAAGUAUUACAAUGGUCUGUCUGUAUGAAAUUGGAAAUGGACAUGCCUAUUAUCAUUUCCUCAUGUUCAGUGGGAAUGAAUGUUGACCACUGAUUGACAUCUUCCUGACCUUUGCCUGACCUCUGACCUCUGCCUUCAGUUUCACGGUGCUCCGGAGCUGUACGAGGCCAUGCUGAAGUACCUGAACAUUGUGUUCACAGCUCUCUUCACACUAGAGUGCAUCCUCAAGAUCAUCGCUUUCGGACCACUGGUGAGCCUCCAUCUCUCCAUACAUUACUGCACAUGGUCACUAUCUAUCCAAGCAUUUUGGAAAAUCGACUGUAGACUAAUUUUGGAAUCACUCAAGUUGUCCUUUUUGGGAAAAUAGAUGAUUAGUUUGAGUACCAGGGUGGGAAAGAGAGACAGAGAAGCAGAGAUAGAGAAAGGGGGAAAUCAGGACAGAGACUGAUAAAGAGCCUUUGUGAAAACGUUGGAAGGUUGAUGGAUGAAGGGGUAGGCUGGAUGAGGGUAGGCUGACAAGCCUUCAGCAAGAGCCACCGGGGAGGAGAGGUGUGUGUUGGGGAUGAUACAACAGCUUCAGUUGAGGGGAUGAGGGUGGGAAGGUAACGCAGAGGUGUAGGAUGGAGGGAGGGACAAAUAAAUCUCCCAGGCAGUGCCGGGCCGUCUGGCCCCUCGGCGAGGCGCUUCAUCUCUAGUUUCAUCCACAGUUCAUCCCCAGGCUCAUUUAUCAAAUGGCUUUUCUCACACGCCACUUACCUCCACCUGUUCAGCACUUAGCCCAGAUGGAUGGGCCUCUCUCUCUCUCUCCGGGCACCUAUGUAGUUUUAAACCCCCUGCUUUUCAAAUUGCUAUGCUCCCCAGGAGGAGCAUAUGCUCACUGCCAUGCCACCUGACAGAUUGGCCUGUCUGUCUUAGGAGGUCUGUGCCACUGUUUGAAAGACUGUUUAGAAUCUGUGUGUGUGUGUCAGGGAGUGAGUGACACACUGUAGCUAAAUAUUGGAUGGCCUUUUAAUGAAACUCAAAGCAACUCAUUAAAAGCUGCCUCAUUUGAGGAGCUUAGAAGACAUGCUCUGUAGAGCGUGGCCUAAGGAAAGCAUUUAAAUAGCAAGAGUUUGGUACCAAUGACAGUAAAACCUCUUUAUCCCUCUCCCUCCCUCCCCCCUCUCCCUCCCACCCCCCUCUCUCUCUCCCCCCUCUCUCGCUCGCUCCCUCUAUUUCUCGCUUUCUCUUUCUUCCUCUCUCUUCCUCUGUUUGCAGAAUUACCUGAAGGCAGCUUGGAACGUGUUUGACUUUGUGACAGUAUUGGGGAGUAUCACGGACAUCUUGGUCACAGAGAUUAAGGUAAGUGCUGCUACCAUGUCCCUAUACAAUAUCUUACUUUAUGUAAGAGCUGCUUCAGUACAGUGUGCCCAUACAACUUCUUAUAUGGCAAAAAUAUAUGGCAAUUUACAAAAUGCAUCAGGACAUAGCGAUUCUCCUAUAUGCGGUCGUGCCUGUAUGUCUUCACUCAUAAUACAUUUACUCCUUGAAUGAGGAUGUUUUCAUGACGUUUAUCCAAGUUACAGUGCUGGUGGUGAGGUAAUCAGUGGAAGCCAGCAUCAUAUCAAAUCAAAUCAAAUCAAAUUGUAUUUGUCACAUGCGCCGAAUACAACAGGUGUAGACCUCACAGUAAAAUGCUUACUUACAAGCCCUUAACCAACAAUGCAGUUUUAAGAAAAAUAAGUGUUAAGUAAAAAAUAGAUAAGUAAAUAUAAAAAAGAAGAAAAAUGGAAAAAUAACAAAUAAUUAAAGAGCAGCAGUAAAAUAGCAGUAGUGAGGCUAUAUACAGGGUGUACCGGUACAGAGUCAAUGUGCGGGGGCACAGGUUAGUCAAGGUAAUUUAAGUAAUAUGUACAUGUGGGUAGAGAUAAAGUGACUAUGCAUAGAUAAUAAACAGAGAGUAGCAGCAGCGUAUAAAGAGGUGGUGGGGGACAAUGCAAAUAGUCCGGGUAUCAUUUGAUUAGCUGUUCAGGAGUCUUAUGGCUUGGGGGUAGAAUCUGUUAAGAAGCUUUUUGGACCUAGACUUAGCACUCUGGUACCGCUUGCCGUGCGGUAGCAGAGAGAACAGUCUAUGACUAGGGUGGCUGGAGUCUUUGGCAAUAUUUAGGGCCUUCCUCUGACACCGCCUGGUAUAGAGGUCCUGGAUGGCAGGAAGUUUGGCCCCGGUUGCCUGCCGGGACUGAACAGUCAGUCUCUCCUGCUGGAUCGAUUAGUAUGGAGCUGGGGGACAGACCGGAGUGGCAGGCGGAUUUUGAAAUGGGUAAAGCCUCUGUGCAGAUUGCAGCACAGUAACACUGAAGUGGAUUGGAGUAGUCCGUUUACUAUUUAACUCUCUUUGUGGAAGAAAUCUCCCUUUGUGUCGGAUUUCUCUCUACAUGACUGUCUUUUUCUUCUCUCGCUCUCUGGUUUUCUCUCUCUUUCUCUUGCUGUGUUUCCAUCUUCUGCUAUUUCUUUGCUGGCGCCUGUGCCACCCUUUCUGACACUCUGGGCCUCUCUAGACGGUAAGUGUCUUUUCUUGUUCCCGCUGCUUUUGACCAUUCCCUUGGCAGCCAGUCUGAAUCAUACAUAAAUCAUACAUAAAUGGAUAGGUAGAUACUCUUCACUGAAAUUUGACCACUGCUUCACUGAGCCCCCUUGUUAACCUCAGCCAUUCUGAGUGUAACCCAGAUCUGAUCCAGGACCAGUUUGAAUGGCCAGUGUGUCUCCUCCUGCAGGACAAGCUGAUCAACCUGAGUUUCCUGAGGCUGUUCAGGGCGGCCAGGCUCAUCAAGCUGCUGAGACAGGGCUACACCAUUCGCAUCCUGCUAUGGACCUUUGUCCAGUCCUUCAAGGUGAGUCACUGACCCCUGACCUCUGACCCUUGACCCUGAGGUUUGACCCCUGCCUACUCAACAUGGAGUCUUGAGUUGAGAGUUACAUGGUAUUCAUCUGAUCAAUUGUAGUGAAUUGAAUGAAAGUAGGCUGAUUCAUUAUUUUGUAAUAACCGUAAGCAUAUAGAUUGAACUGUAAGGAGAUAUAAGGAAAUAAAAUGAGGGCAUAUUUUUUAGCUUUUGUGUAUAUAGUGGGGGAAAAAAGUAUUUAGUCAGCCCCCAAUUGUGCAAGUUCUCCCACUUAAAAAGAUGAGAGAGGCCUGUAAUUUUCAUCAUAGGUACACGUCAACUAUGACAGACAAAUUGAGAUUUUUUGUCUCCAGAAAAUCACAUUGUGGGAUUUUUAAUGAAUUUAUUUGCAAAUUAUGGUGAAAAAUAAGUAUUUGGUCACCUACAAACAAGCAAGAUUUCUGGCUCUCACAGACGUGUAACUUCUUCUUUAAGAGGCUCCACUGUCCUCCACUCGUUACCUGUAUUAAUGGCACCUGUUUGAACUUGUUAUCAGUAUAAAAGACACCUGUCCACAACCUCAAACAGUCACACUCCAAACUCCACUAUGGCCAAGACCAAAGAGCUGUCAAAGGACACCAGAAACAAAAUUGUAGACCUGCACCAGGCUGGGAAGACUGAAUCUGCAAUAGGUAAGCAGCUUGGUUUGAAGAAAUCAACUGCGGGAGCAAUUAUUAGGAAAUGGAAGACAUACAAGACCACUGAUAAUCUCCCUCGAUCUGGGGCUCCACGCAAGAUCUCACCCCGUGGGGUCAAAAUGAUCACAAGAACGGUGAGCAAAAAUCCCAGAACCACACGGGGGGACCUAGUGAAUGACCUGCAGAGAGAUGGGACCAAAGUAACAAAGCCUACCAUCAGUAACACACUACGCCGCCAGGGACUCAAAUCCUGCAGGUCCAGACGUGUCCCCCUGCUUAAGCCAGUACAUGUCCAGGCCCGUCUGAAGUUUGCUAGAGUGCAUUUGGAUGAUCCAGAAGAGCAUUGGGAGAAUGUCAUAUGGUCAGAUGAAACCAAAAAAUAACUUUUUGGUAAAAACUCAACUCGUCGUGUUUGGAGGACAAAGAAUGCUGAGUUGCAUCCAAAGAACACCAUACCUACUGUGAAGCAUGGGGGUGGAAACAUCAUGCUUUGGGGAUGUUUUUCUGGAAAGGGACCAGGACGACUGAUCCGUGUAAAGGAAAGAAUGAAUGGGGCCAUGUAUCGUGAGAUUUUGAGUGAAAACCUCCUUCCAACAGCAAGGGCAUUGAAGAUGAAACGUGGCUGGGUCUUUCAGCAUGACAAUGAUCCCAAACACACCACUCGGGCAACGAAGGAGUGGCUUCGUAAGAAGCAUUUCAAGGUCCUGGAGUGGCCUAGCCAGUCUCCAGAUCUCAACCCCAUAGAAAAUCUUUGGAGGGAGUUGAAAGUCUGUGUUGCCCAGCGACAGCCCCAAAACAUCACUGCUCUAGAGGAGAUCUGCAUGGAGGAAUGGGCCAAAAUACCAGCAACAGUGUGUGAAAACCUUGUGAAGACUUACAGAAAACGUUUGACCUGUGUCAUUGCCAACAAAGGGUAUAUAACAAAGUAUUGAGAAACUUUUGUUAUUGACCAAAUACUUAUUUUCCACCAUAAUUUGCAAAUAAAUUCAUUAAAAAUCCUACAAUGUGAUUUUCUGGAAAAAAAAAUCUCAUUUUGUCUGAAAAUUACAGGCCUCUCUCAUCUUAUUAAGUGGGAGAACUUGCACAAUUGGUGGCUGACUAAAUACUUUUUUCCCCCACUGUACUUAAAGGGAUACUUCGGGAUUUUGGCAAUGAGGCCCUUUAUCUACUUCCUCAGAUGAACUUGUGGAUAACAUUUUUAUGUCUCUGUGUCCAUUAUGAAGGAAGUUAGAGGGAGUUUGGCAUUGGCUCGCGAAACGACCUCUAACUUCCUUCAUAAUGUACACAGAGACAUAAAAAUGGUAUCGACAAGUUCAACUGAAUCUGGGGAAGUAGAUAAAGGGCAUCAUGGCCAAAAUCCCAAAGUAUCCCUUUAAUGGCAUUUGGAGUGAUAUUGAUGUUUAUUUGGAGUCUUAGAGAAGUGGUUUGUUCUAUGGAGCUUUUGUCAUAGAGAGAACAAGGGCAUUGCCAAUAAUAGUUAAUUUGAUAGCAGGUUAAAUGUGGGGUGGUGAGCGCUUUUAAGCCCCAAUGAAAAUGAAGAGUUGCUGAAGAGUGUUAAAAGGUAGCUCAUUAAUUAUGAUUAAUGUGUAGCCUUAUAAAUAUGUGAUUAAGGAAAUCAACCCCGCGGGUCAAGUUGGCUGCUCUGCUCCAUAAAUAAGACUAUUAAACCUUACUGGGCUGUUAACUUCUCGGUUUGUGUUUUCUAUUUCCAGGCCCUACCUUACGUCUGCCUCCUCAUCGCUAUGCUCUUCUUCAUCUAUGCCAUCAUCGGCAUGCAGGUGAGCCGUACCACACACACACACACACACACACACGUCCAGUGACAAUGACUAUGCUGA